AUGGGGAAGCCAAGGGAGGGGGGCACUGGGGGGGCUGUCUGGCAGGACGCGCUCCCAGCCGCCUCCCUGGCAGGUGGGCAGGCGGGCACCUCCCUCUCUCCAGCCCCCCUGGGCAGGCGGCACUUGGAUGGCCCCCACCCGUUGGCCACAAGGGGGUGGGAGAGGGAAGAAGGGGCCGCCUUUGGGCUUACUUUAGUCUAACUUCUUUGGUGCUAUGCGGGACGCCUGGGGGCCCCUCCCGGCCAUGACCUGUCCCUUGGGGGGGCUUCCCACCCAGGCCAAAGGGAGCCCACGGAGCGCUCCCAGCCCCUGACCAGGGAAGCUUAUCUUGGCAGAGAAUCGAAGGUGGGGAGGGGGCAGCGGCCCCUCCCCACAGAGCCUUCCUUCCAGCGACUGUUGGCUCAGUGGAGUGGGGGGUGGGCUGGCCACCAUUCCCAAAUUCAGCAGCUAAUAGCUGGAUUCCCCAAUUGCUGCCCCCUCCCUUAGGUCUGCCUGGCAGACCCUCUUUCUGAGCGACCCAGCUUCAUGGAACUCCCCCCACCCCCCCCAGACCCCUCCCCAAACUGGAAGUGGCCUCUCGGGAAAACCUCCUGUCUGUUUUGUCUUUUCAGCCCCCCAACUCCCCCCCCCCAAAGGCGUCCCACUGUAUUUGUCUUGGAUCUGUUUUGCUGUCUGCUACAGAAUCCACCUGCUUCCCCCCGGGGGGGGCGAGAGGAAGACGGGGGGGAGGAUGGGGGGUGGCUUUAGGGACCGGCUUGACUCUGGUCUCCUCUUGCGAUAAAGAGGCCCCCCCCUCCCGCCAGGUUGCGCAGCCCUAGACUGAAAAGCGGAGCAACCGGACUGCCCCCCCCCACUUGCCUGAAUUCCUUUGUCAACCACAGAAGGUUAUGGGGGCAACUAAGGUGCUAAAAAAAUAUCCCUCUUUUAUCACAAAUCUCUAUUGUUAACUUAAGUCUGCUGUCUGGACAAUGACUGUUUUUUUUGUUUUCUUGUAGUGGAGUUUUAAAAGAGCUCUAUUAUUUUACUCUUAUAUAUUAUUAUUAAAAAAAAAGAAAAAAAGGCAUUUUAACUUUGUACUUGAAACCUUUAAGGAAAGAUUUCAUGUGUUUUAGCCUAGGCAUUGAAGUAGCUGAGACGCUUUUACUGUUUGUGGGAAAUCAUGUAUUCAUGCUGAAGAAAUAAAUCUUGUCAACAUCCUGGGAAGAGCUCGGCCACGUUCCCUGCUCUCCAGCCGUCGCUGCCGCCUUCCCGACAUUCCAUGCCGCUGACCGCCUCCCCGCCCCCCCCCCUGCACCCAGCAACACCCCCCCCUCACUUUACUUUUCUUUGCUAGGAUGAUUUUGGGAUGCGCCAUCCUUUCUGCCGCUUUCCCCCCCGCCGCCUCUCUUUUUUUUAGGGUUGCUUCUAUAUUUAUUGACAAAUAAAUAAUGUACAUUUCAGAGUAUGGUUCUGCUAUGCCAGGGGUGGAAAGUGUGUGGGGGGGUGGGAGGCCCAGCUCUCCACCCCCGCCGGGCAGGCUGUUGUAUCUCUGUGUAAGUAUUGCUCGUGACAUAGCUGUUUUAUAAAAAUAAUUAAAAGGUCCAUGGUGCCGCAGAUGUUAGAAAGUCUGUCCGUUCCGCCUCCAUCCCAUCCUUUGCGUUUUUUGUUUUUUUUCCAUUUGUGCCCAGGACACUCUGAGAAGGAAAGGCUCCUUUGCUGAUGUACUUUGUGCUGGAGAACACUUGAAUAAAUGUUCUGUUUUGUGCAAAAAGGAAAAGCGAAAAAGCCCCGGAGCCUGUCUGCCGUCAUGUGCUUUUUGUCGCCCUCGUGCUCCGAGCGUUCGUGGCAGCGGCAGGGUGGCUCUUGCUGGGAGGCCGGGGGCACAGGCAGGCCCCCCCGGGGGUCUCUCCUAGCAGAGAAGGCCACUCUCGCAAAAGGGUCGGGGGAUCCACCAGGCCACAUGCUUCACACGGCUGUGGAGCCUGAGAAUCCACGCCCUUCAGUCGCUGGCUGUGGGAAGGCUGCCUUCGCACACCCAGAAGGAGGCAACUCGCCUUUUUGAUGGGAACCGGCCGCUACUGCUGGUAAAAUGCCUGUCAAAAGCAGAAUCUACUUCUGACAACUUGCCCUUACCCAGCUGACAUCCAAAGAAUACCCAAUUUCUACAGAGUUCUGUGUUAUUUCGUUACAUAUAUGCGGUUGAGAUUCCUGCAGGGUCCUUGGGCAGCGUUCAGAAUCCACCAAUUUGCCACUUGUGACCAAGUGAAGAUGCCCAGGUGCCUGGUGUCUCCACCUGGAGGUGCCUGCCUGCGGAUCCUUGGAUCUUGCCCAUUUUCACACACAAGCAACACAUCCUGUAGAAAUCUAACCGUGAUACUUUAUCUGCACAAUCUGAAUGAAUUUCAGGAACCAAAAAGUCGUACUGAAAAAUACAACUUUACAGCCAACCAAAUGGGAACUAGGCGUUCUGUUUUGGCGACGGUUCCCCUGCCUUAAGGAGCCAUUUGGCACCUCACUGAUAUAUCUCUUGAGUUUUUAACGCUGCCCUUGAGGUUCCUUCCAACUCUGAUUCCAUGCUCAAUGUUUAGUAUUUAAGCAGAAGACAACAAGUGCCAGGUAACCACUAUGAUUCAAAUACGGGUUGCGUUUGGGAAUGUGUCUUUUAACGAGAGAUUUGUGCCUGCUUUUCAGGCGUAAUCUUGCCAGGCCUGGAUGUAGUGCCAACUCGAAGCACUAAACCUGGUUGUAGUGGCAAGACUACCCGCAUCUAUUUAUUAUAGCUACAAUUUAUUUCACUGAUUGCUCUUAGUUACUUUUUUUUUUUAAGACCGCCCCCCCCCCUCAGUCUAGCACUCUUGAGACAAGGUCAGAGGUCCUGUGAAGGACCCCCAGGUCUGCGUGUGCCACUGGGCAAAAAGCACAGGUUCAAAUUACACCACACAUGGGGGUGGGGAGGGAGAAGGAAGGAUGAGAAACAUGUGUCAGAUGCAUCUUUGGCUCCCCAGAAAGUCACCUGGAAGCCAUUUGAUUUGAUUGUCACAUAGAAAUCGAAACAAUCCCAUAUAAGCCACACAGCUGCCUCUCUCCCCCCCCCCCUCGCCAAAAAAGAAACCCAGAGAGAACUCCCUCUCAACUGGGAAAUUAGUCAAUAUGAUAAAAGAUGUGAGAAGCGCUUUAAGGGUUUAAUGGUGCUGGGAGAACAAGGAAGGUCUUAUUCCCCUGCUGCCUCAGUGCUCAGCCCCCCUGCACAGCAAAUGACCCCCCUGCUCCAUUGUAGGCACCCUGGGGCCCUGCCUGUGUUUCCCUUGGCACAGAUUUAGGAAGCUGGUAUCCUGCCAUUCCGUAUCUUCUCAGGGUGGCUUACGCAACAUGGACUGAGAUUACAGUGACGGGAGCCAGAGUCAUGCUCUGUAGCCGCAAAAGUAGGGUUUGGUGGCAGCGAGAUGCAGCCUCGUGCCAGCUUUACACACACCUUGAUUUGCUGCCCAGGAUCUGGGCCCCAUAGGCCAGGGGUUGGCAACCUAAGGCCCGUGGACCGGAUCCAGCCCAACCGCCUUCUCAAUCCGGCCCACAGACGGUCCAGGAAUCAGUGUGUUUUUACAUGAGAAGAAUGCGUCCUUUUAUUUAAAAUGCAUCUCUGGGUUAUUUGUGGGGCAUAGGAAUUCGUUCAUAUAUUUUUUUCAAAAUACAGUCCGGCCCCCCACAUGGUCUGAGGGACGGUGGAUCGGCCCCUGGCUGAAAAAGGUUGCUGACCCCUGCUAUAGGCCUUCAAGCAGUCUUCUGCAAACUAGGACAGCCUGCCAGCUUUCACAGCCUGGGCGGGGCAGCUGGGUGGUUUUCAGUAGACCCCAGCAAAGAGUUGUCCAGAAAAGGUGGAAGUUGCAUGGAAACAAGAUGUUUGAGAGAGAUGGUUUUCUCGGCUUGUAUCUCUCACACUCCUUGGGCACCCCAACAUCAGGCUCCGACCCCCAAACGCUCGUCCUCUUGCCCUUACCCAGGGGACCUGACUUCUCAGCCCAGGACUUCUGAGGCACCAACAAGGCGCACUCCAGGGAACGCAGGGUAGGAUUAGAAAAAGAUGAGGCCCAGUGGGUCAUUUGCGCAGCCUCUGAAGGGGCUUGCCUUCACUUCCUUAGGCAGAGAUGUUCCCUGCUUAUUUUGGGCAGUUUCUGCCCUAUCCGCAGUUUAAAUCAAUCUAUUAUUUGCCAGUGCUGUGCAUAUAUGCAGUUGUGUGCAAGUCAAAUGCACGUAACGGGAGAGACGCCUGAACUUGGAAUAUUUUCUGCUAAAAAGGGACAGCACACAGAGUGGCUAAGAAUACGAUAUAAAUAUAUAAGCCGCAACCACCACACUACGAUUCAAUGUGCCACUGAGGAAUAAGAGUUCUCUCUUCAACAGCCAUGGGGUUGGGCUUGGCAGAUACACUGCGGGUGGGCAGGGGGAGGCUGGCACAGCCUCAGGAGGGGGCACUCUGCAUUGGUGUCCCUGAGUGGGCAAAGGAAGGGGAUGCCCCUGCUUUCACUGGGCUGGGUCCAAGGUACUGCGAAGGGGAGAGGCUUACAGGGGGUGGGACACCCAAGAACAGCUGCUGCAGAAGAGGUCUUGCCAGCCAGCAUCUAAGACCCAAGUUUUAGCAUUCUGGGUGCCCUGCCAGAUGAGACCAAAGAGGGCCCCGUCCAGCCCAGCAUCAUGAGACUCACAAGCAGAGCUCCAAGGCAACGGGUAGCUGGAUGGAGGGCAGGUUUCCAAGGGCAGAAAUCUCCAUAGCUGGGGGACAGCCACCUAAAACAUUUGUGGUCUCUACGGGGCACGCAAACACCUUUGUACUGGAGGCAGAACUGGAGAUCUGCUGGGCAUCAGCUGUUGACAGCUUCACAAGGCACAGUCUGCACCAGAUGAAGCAAACUCGAACCCAUGGCUUCAAGUUACACGAAAGUAGAUUCCAAGUAGACAUCGGGAAGAACUUUAUGACAGCAAGAGCUGCUCAGCAGUGGAACAGAUGCCCUCAGAGGUGGUGGCCUCUCCUUCCUUGGAGGUUUUCAAGCAGAGGUUGGAUAGCCACCUGUCUUGGAUGCUUUAGUUGAGAUUCCUGCAUUUCAGGGGGUUGGACUAGAUGACCCUUGGGGUCCUUUCCAUGAUUCUAGUCUGAGCUGACCCACACUGAGGGUCCUGAGGUCAGACUGAAUGCUGUUGCUGUUGGCCUGGGUGGUCCCCAGAAAGAGGGAGGAGAGCAUUCAGUGCCUGAAGGGGCAAGUCCCCAUUGCAAUCCAGGCCCCUCUUCCAGCUGGGAGGCUGAGCCUUGAGAGGGUCGGCUUCCUUUAAUCCUCCGCUGGUGCAACUGAAAGAGCAGCACCUCUGAGUAAUCCAACUUGGGGCUCACCAGGCAGGACCUUCCACAGGCCUGAAAAGCAGCCAAGCCAUUCGCUGUCCAAGGUACCAGCCAGGAGAAAAAAUCUUCUGUGGAAAGCGAGCAAGUAAUCCAGUGCAGAGCUUCAGGCUCUCCCUCCGUCACUCUCGCUGCAUUCACCACUUGAUUCUAAAAUACUUUAAACAGUUUAAAAUGAGCUGAACUUGCUAGGCAUCUAGGUAGGCUGGGUGUGGGCCUGCGCUUGUUUGCAUGCAUGCUACGUUUCCUUUGGGAAAUGGACUCCAAAAGUCAUGGUUUCUUCGAAAGACAUGGCAACAAACAGGACUGAUAUUAGCAACUGAAUCCCUGAGAUUAUUCUUGCUGACUCUCUAGCCCACCGCUGACUGGUUGACAAAGAUCUGCAAAGCCCGCAUUCAAAACUCUUGUGUGUAUGAGCUGCCGCCUUCUCCUGGAUGGCAAGGAAUGUGUAGCGUUCCCUGACUCUCGGACGACAGCAAGGCAAGGCGGGCAUGCCAUGAGCUCAGCCGCUGGGCGCACACUGGCAAUGCCCAGUCCAGAAAGCUCUAAUGGAGAUAAACCACACCAGCCUCUGAACUCCCAUUUGCCUCUAAGUCACCAGACGCUGGGCAGUCUGGCCACCUCACUGCCCAGAAGGAAUGGUGUCUGACUGCAAGGCCCAAAACAUCACACCGGUGAGGGACUUGGGUGCCAUGUGGGUGGCAAGAAAGGGGAAAAAGGACUGGCUAGGAGACUAGAACAUCCCCUCUAGCCAUAGUUUCCCUGUUAAUCCCAGGGGCAUUAAUUUAAAAUGGAACUGCAGUGUGCUCUAUGACCCAGGAGAUGGUGCCCUGGCGUCAGAAUCAACAUCUAACAUUUCAGUGCUGCCAUGCUAUCUUUGAGACACCUUCCUGAGCCUCGGCUGCCUUCCCCAGCCCUGUUCCCUGCCCCAUAAGCUCCAUCCCUGGCACCAGCUGCCCAGCCCAGUCAAUAUGAUGCCCAAAAGUGCCCCAAGCGGUUAUUUCCUUUUUAUUGCUUAAGCUUAAAUUUUGAUUAUCAUUCCUCUUACUGGCCCCUGCACCUUCCUCCUCUUGGGCAUUCCUAUGGCACACCUCCAGCUCCUCAACUGCAUCACGGGACUACGAUUAUCCGCCUUGCACACUCAUGAUAUUGCACACAACCACCUCAGCUCUGUGGCCUGCUACAUAAAUUAUUAUUUAUUUCAACAGAUUGUUAGCCUGCCUGCCUGAAAAAUAGUUCAAGACCGCUGUCAACAUUGCUAUGAAAGCUGUCAUCAAAAUUAAAUUAUGAUUCUGUGAGGGGGGAAACCAGUGAGCAGAGAGAGCCACCCUUUGACACCGCUGCAACCAUGUCCAUUAGACAAGCCAUACUAGGCUCCCAGCAUCAUCAUAAGGCAAAGAAACCCCAUUUUCUGAAACACAUAGAAGUUCACCCAAAAAAGCCAAAUAAAUGGUUUUAUUUCAUUCCAAAAGGUAACAAAAUUGUGAUCCGGGGAUGGAGGGGAGGGGACCUGACUCAUGGCAUGAAUGGAACAGGGAUGUCAUAAUGCUCAAGAUGCGCCCUCACAUACUCUGGAUACCCAUCCCAAUUGCUAAGCUGGGUGUUAGCAGUCCUGGCAAAGGGACCAGACUAAGGUGUUACCAGAAUCACAAUACAGUGGUACCUCGGGUUACAUACACUUCAGGUUACAUACGUUUCAGGUUACAGACUUCGCUAACCCAGAUAUAGUACCUCGGGUUAAGAACUUUGCUUCAGGAUGAGAACAGAAAUCGUGCUCUGGCGGCGCGGCAGCAGCAGGAGGCCCCAUUAGCUAAAGUGGUGCUUCAGGUUAAGAACAGUUUCAGGUUAAGAACAGACCUCCGGAACGAAUUAAGUACUUAACCUGAGGUACCACUGUACCCAGAUGGAAAGCCCAUCCCCAGAGGGGAAUGAGACCAAAUUAAUGAGAACAAAUAAGCGGUGUUAACCAAGCUGAAACAACAAAAGGACACGUAGAUUCUUCUGCCAGUGUGAGACAGAUGUUGCCACAACGCAUGACUGACGAGGGCAGAGGCGCCAAGUUACACCCAACAUUGAGGGGGCACAUCAUGCGUUGCAUGUCACACGUGCACAACAUCACAUGCAUGUGACACCUUACGGAGCACCAGCACUCUAGGCUCAUCAGCCGGGUCAUGCCAGAAUGCCGAAGUUUCAGCCCUCCAGUGUGACCCUGCAGGUGAGCACAGUGCGCCUUCCCUUCGGACAGAAAGACACUCUGGACUAGUCAGCAGUGUUGUGCCGUGCCAGAGAUGCAGCCCUUCGGCUCAGCCCUCCUGACGAGCCCAGAGCACCUUUGUGUCCAGAGGAGAAGGCACACUGUGCUCGUCAGCAGCGUUGCACUGGAGGGCUGGAUCUGUCGCAUGACUGCGCUGACGAACCCAGAGCGCCCGUGCUCCGUAUGGCGUCACACACCCGUGACAACAUUGAUGAGCGGGAUGCCAUCGCUCCAACCCAGAGAAGUAGAACAGCGCAUUGUGUUGCUGACACUUACAGAUCAUCUUCUUCUUUGGUGAUCCCUCGUAGCCAAGUAAGAUUGUCUUCCAUGAACACCGUCUUAACAAUGAGUCUGUAAGUGACUGUGGAGGCCAAUUCUGGAUCCCCACGUCCUUCCACAGUGGGGACAUUGGUUUCUGGGCGGGAGCUGAUCACGGUGUGGAUUUGCCAAGCAUGCCUUCCUCUUAGCACAUUUCUCCCUUGCGUCCUGAGUUCGAGUGUCUUCAAAGUCCAUGGUACCUUUAGUAAAGGCUGUUCUCCAACUGGGGCACUCGCAGGCCAGUGUUUCCCAGUUGUCAGUGGUUAUACUACAUUAAAAUAAUUUUUUGCCUUGAAACUGUCUUUAAACCUCUUUUGUUGACCACCAGCAUUACGCUUUCCAUUUUUAAGUUCAGAAUCUAGCGGCCUUUCUGAAAGCUGACCUAACAGAGAUUUGCCACUGGACCUGCAAGCCUGUGAGUCAAUCGAGAGCAAGAUCAGUUGGGAGCAUGAAAGGCAGAGGAAUCCUUCUGCCAUGGCAGUAGAGGAGGAGGGCCCAAUCCCUGAGAUCAUUUCCAGGCGGCCAUGGGCUUUGCCUGCCAAAGCACAGAGCCUUCAGCAGAGCCACAGCUUUGGUAGCUACAGAGUCCCAUCAGGUAAGCGGAGUGGUGCUGCACCAGUUCAGAGGCACCGGUGGUGGAAAUGUGGAUGACCUCUACAGUUAAAGUGUUGCCAGAGCAGACCAAACUGCAGAGCAGGCUGUGUUGUACAGGGUGAUUCUAAUAGUCUGUGGGCUUCUUCCUUCGCAGGUCAGACCUGUGUAGCUGCAUGUCUGCAGCUGUGUGAGCUGCCUUGGGAACCUGUGAGUCAAAAGACACGAUAGGAAUGUCAAGAAAGUGAUCCUUGACCUUGAAAGUGCCCAGGGCUCAUCUUUAAAAGCACUUUUUAAAAGACAGCAGUAUUUUUUAAAGACAAGUCAUCUGUUCACGGCAAUAGAGGAAAAGAAUGGAUAUUUUUAAUAUAUGAAAUCCCUUUAAAAGACUGUAAGUUAAUGUGUUUCUCUCCAAUAGUCUCUUGUUCUGUAAAUUCGGUACACUACACUCAAAGGUCAGGCACAAGGCAACCCACCUAGUUCUCCUGGCUCUUUUAGCAAGACCACUGUGGAGGUGUUCCAAAUAAGAUCACCGACCUCGGGGUCCACUUCUCCUUCGGGAAGACCUCUCCCCUCCUGACAGGAAGGAGACCCCGGUUCAGACGGUCUUCCCAUGGCUUCUCCCUCUCCUGCCCCUGACUCAGCCCCCCAUGUGACGCCUGUCUGUCCAUCCGUCUAUCUGCCUGCCUACCCCAGAGGCUCCACCGGCUCUUCCUCUGGCCAGAGACCAGAUUCUCCUCAGAGAGGAUGGAGGCUCCAAGCAGAGCCACUUCUCCCUCAGUCCAGGCCUCUCCAAAUCCCUAUUUCUGCCCCCUGCCAAAAGGAGCCCUGUCUCACUUUAAUGCCCCCUUUGGCGAAGCUUCACUUUUCAGGGUUGACGUUUUAUUAUGGUUUUUAAAUGGGCUGGAAGCUGCCCAGAGUGGCUGGGGGAACCCAGCCAGAUGGGAGGGGUAUAAAUGAUUAAGAAUUAUUAUUAUUGUUAUUAUUAUUAUUAUUAUUUGCACUUUCCCUUAUCAGAAACUGCUCCUUUUAUUUUCCCUCCCAAAGUGCUGGCUCCACCCCCCUCUGGCUGGCUGGGGAGCCAAUCAGAGAGUGGCUCCAGCCCCCUGGUGGCGUUCCAGAGGAUCUACAUCCCCAACUCUGGUCUGGCUCUGCUGUCAAUCACAGCAUCCCUCGGACAAGGGCUGCUGCGACUGAUAUAUGUGCAAACCAGCUAGAGCUCCAGGACGGAGGGAGGCGCGUGUUUUCUCAAAAGUUCCUCUGCAAAUCACAGUGGCAGAAGAGGAUGCCAGAAGCAGAAGGCAGCUUUCAGCCCACCAGAAUCCAACCUCAGCUGCCCACGCUGAAGAGAAGAGGUCCCAUGGCCACUUGCUAAUUUCUGCUUGCAAAGCUCUAAAUACAGAGCACCGAAGCUGUGCUUAUAAUGAUCAUUCAUUAUUAUAUCUAAUUUCAAUUAUAAAUAUGCAGCUAUUAGUGGUCAAGGGGAAAGUGUGGGGAGACCCAGGGGGUGGGGAAUGGGAGCUUCUCAAGGAACAGAGAAAUCCCCUAAUUUGGGGCAUGGGCGCAUGGCUGCCACAGGUUCUGUGAGGAAGACAGAGAGUGGGACAGCAGGGUGGUCCUGGAGGAAUCUGGAGCCCAGUGUGUGGCAGUCAUGAAAAAGCAAAUCCAAGGCUAGGGAUCUUUCGGAAAGGAAUUGAAAAUUAAACUGCCAAUAUCAUGCCAUUAUAGACAUCUGUGGUGCUAUCGCAUUUGAAAUAUUGUGUGCAGUUCUGGUCGCCUCACCUCAAAGAGGAUAUUGUAGAGCUGGACAAAGUCUAGAAAAGGGCCACUGAAAUGAUCAAGGGAAUGGAGACAGUGGUUCCCCUGUGAAGGAAGGCGGCAGGGUUUGGGAGUUUUUAGUCUAGAGAAAAGGCAAGUAAGAGGCGACGCAGAGGUUUAUAGAAUUAUGCAUGGCGUGGGAAAAGUUGAUGAAGGAUAGCUUUCCUCCCUCUCUCAUGACACCAGAACCUGCAGACAUCCAGUGAAGCUGAAUGUUGGAAGUCUCAGAACAGAUAGAAGAAAACGCUUAUUCACAUGGCACACAGUUAAACUAUGAAGAAUGUUCCUGCAAGAGGCAGGGAUGGCCACCAGUUGGGAUGGCUCUAAAAGAGGAGUGGACAAAGUAAUGGAAGUUGUUGUUGUUUAGUCGUUUAGUCGUGUCCGACUCUUCGUGACUCCCUGGACCAGAGCAUGCCAGACACUCCUGCCUUCCACUGCCUCCCGCAAUUUGGUCAAACUCAUGUUCGUAGCUAUGAGAACACUGUCCCACCAUCUCGUCCUCUGUCGUCCCCUUCUCCUUGUGCCCUCCAUCUUUCCCAACAUCAGGGUCUUUUCCAGGGAGUCUUCUCUUCUCAUGAGGUGGCCAAAGUCUUGGAGCCUCAGCUUCAGGAUCUGUCCUUCCAGUGAGCACUCAGUAAUGGCGGAGGAGAGGGCUGUUGAUGGCUGUGCUGGAAACCACUGGAGAGUGAAAGUGGCCUUGUCCUUGAAUCCUCCUGUCGACUUUCCCUCGGGGACAUCUGGUUGGUCACUGGGGGGAUGCUAGACAAUAUGCAGAGAUUGGGCCUGAUCCAGCAGAUGGGCUCCUCUUCUGUCCUAAUGGAACCUCCAGGUCCAGGGGCAGUCUAUCUGCAGGCAUUUCAUAGAAUCAUAGAAUCAUAGAGUUGGAAGAGACCACAAGGGCCAUCGAGUCCAACCCCCUGCCAAGCAGGAAACACCAUCAGAGCACUCCUGACAUAUGGUUGUCAAGCCUCUGCUUAAUGACCUCCAAAGAAGGAGACUCCACCACACUCCUUGGCAGCAAAUUCCACUGUCAAACAGCUCUUACUGUCAGGAAGUUCUUCCUAAUGUUUAGGUGGAAUCUUCUUUCUUGUAGUUUGGAUCCAUUGCUCCGUGUCCGCUUCUCUGGAGCAGCAGAAAACAACCUUUCUCCCUCCUCUAGGUGACAUCCUUUUCUAUAUUUGAACAUGGCUAUCAUAUCACCCCUUAACCUCCUCUUCUCCAGGCUAAACAUGCCCAGCUCCCUUAGCCGUUCCUCAUAAGGCAUCGUUUCCAGGCCUUUGACCAUUUUGGUUGCCCUCCUCUGGACACGUUCCAGUUUGUCAGUGUCCUUCUUGAACUGUGGUGCCCAGAACUGGACACAGUACUCCAGGUGAGGUCUGACCAGAGCAGAAUACAGUGGCACUAUUACUUCCCUUGAUCUAGAUGCUAUACUCCUAUUGAUGCAGCCCAGAAUUGCAUUGGCUUUUUUAGCUGCCGCGUCACACUGUUGGCUCAUGUCAAGUUUGUGGUCAACCAAGACUCCGAGAUCCUUUUCACAUGUACAUUUGGCGACGGCGAGGACGGGAUGGUUGCUACGACAGGCGGCCCCUGCGGUCCAAAACCUCGGGCCCGCCCCGGUGAGCAGAGCGCCCCCCCGGCUGUCCCCCCCCCGGCCUGGCCCCGAGGCCCACCCCCAAACAAGGCGGCCUGCGAGGGGUCCCGGUCGUCGGGCGCGGGCUUGGCCUGGGUCCCCGGAGCGAGCAGGCCCCGUCGCCAUGGCGACGCGAGGAUGGAGGCGGCCGCGCCCUGGUCCCUCGGCCCCGCCCCUCGGGAGUCGUAGUCCCGCCCCCCUGGGGCGCCGGCGGCGCGGCGAUUGGCCCGGGCGGCGAGUGGCGGGCGGGCGGGCGGGCGCGAGCUGGCUCCGCCCCCUGCCUGGCGCGCGCGGCGAGGGAAGCAGGUGAGGAGGCGGCGGCGGCAGCGCGGACGGAGGGCGGCGGCGGCGACGACGGACGGGGAGGAGGGCGACGCCGAGGAGAGCCGGUGAGGGAGGAGAAGCAGUCCCGUGGGGGCGCCUCCCGCCCGCUUUGUCCGCAGCCCCCCCCCGCCGGGCCUCGCCCACCUGGGCCCUCGCCGGGCUUUGUGCUGCUGCUCCGGGGGCGGCGGCGGCGGGGCCUUUGUCUGGGGUGGGCGCUGCCCUUGCCCGGGGGGGGAAGGGAGAGGCGGGCUCCGGCCCUUCGGGGGGGGGGACAUGCCGGCGACGCCGCUGACAAUGGCCGGGGCUGGGCGCUUUGUGCUGCUCCGGCCGGGCUGGGCGAUGGGGAAACUGAGGCACGGCAAGAGCGGAGGGACCGGCGGGGGGCUCCUGCCGGUGGCGGCAUGGCUCUCUCUCUGCAGGCGUUGGUCCUCUUGGAGGGGGGGGAGGCGCAAGACCUGGCCAGGGCCCUUCGAUUCCCCCCCCCCCUCAAAAGCAUGGGGCUGGGGGUGUCACAGACUCUGGGGGUCAACAAGAAUCUUGGACUCCGAGAUGGAGGGACAGGAAGCGGAGGGCAGCAGAGGAAUCCCCUGCCCCAUUCAGGGACUUGCCCCACCGCCUUGCCCCAUUGCAGCGGCCCAAAAGGCUGACCCAGUUGCCUCCCCCCCCCCUUAGGCCCCUGAUGGACCCACCCAGCAUCCCCACCAGAGCUGAGUCAGGAGUAAUCUCCUCCGAGCAAGGAUUAUGGACUGAUGGAGGAGUCACGCCAGUUCACCCCAUCCGCCUGGUCCCCACCCAGACACUCAGUCUGCCUGCCCAACCCCACCCCACCCCACAGAAGGGGGAUCAAUGGCACGCACAGCUGCCACCGCCGCCACCACUGCUGCCUGUGUCAUACCUGCCUCCUUUUAACGGGGAGGAACAAUCAGAUGCUUGCUGCCGCUCCAUUGGGGGGGGGGGCACGGCCUGCGUGUUGGUGGUGGUUUGAUAUUGAUUACUCUGAAGAUGUUGGUGUCUCAACAGAAAGCACCACCCUCUUCCUAUGCUUUGCUUUCUCUGGACCACAGGCUCCCCUCCUGCCUAGGGCUGGGGGAGGCACUUUGUGGUUGGCGCAGCUUUGUUUUGUGUUGGAUUGGUUCGCGUCCAGAAGGCACCCCAGGCUUGCAAAGGUUGACCCUGCCCCUGUGGCAGAGGGGCGUGUGCAUGGGUGCAUCUUGCGCCCCCAUCUCCUUGCUGGCUAUGAGACGUUGCCUGUAUUCCUGUGAACUGCAAGUAGCUUCUGUCUGGCCCGAAAAGGAGGAUAUCGGCAGCUGCAGAAGUAGGAAUCACGGAAUUUGGUGGGAUUUGUUUCCUUGCAAUCCACUGGAUGCUGUGUAGUCUGAUGCUGGCAUCCAUGUGUGCCAUGGGGGGUGGGGCAGAUGCCCUAGUGUAUCCUUCCUGGUUUCGUCCUCAGUUUCCCCCUGGGAGUGAGCCUAUGGGGAGCAUGCAGGCAGUGGGCUGCAAAGCAGGGGCGAAAUGCCUCAUAGUUCUGACACCUUGUCUUAACCUCUGGCUGCUUCAUCGAAGACAAUGCUGCAGGCAGAUCCUGCUGUUUUUUGUUCUUCUUCUUCUUCUUCUUCUUCUUUCUUAGUAGUUAGAGAUUUGAUUGAAGUAAAGCAAGCAAAUGAAUGCAAUGGAAAUAAUAGAAGUACAAAAAGCUGCACGGUAAAUCCGGGAGAGACUUAAAAUUAGGUUGGCAAAGUACUUGAAGACCAUUAGGAAAGCCAAAUUUCAGGUGGUGUAGUGGAGGGGGAGUCCUGGCUGUCUGCAUUUGUUGAGCUAUAAGAUAAAAUCCCAUCCCACAGCACCGAGUCUGGGUCCUCCGAGCCUUUGGCAACACAUAAUUUAUCAGUUAAUUUUUCGGCUAAUGCUAAAUGCCACGUGGCUUUUGUCAGGAAAAAAUCAGUGUGUCUAUUUCCCGCCCAUGCUUUGAAGCUUGCGAAUGACCCUCAGGAAUUGGAAACACUUUUCUGUGCCGCUCGGAAUCCAUCCAAGGUAUAGGUGACAGUGCCGCCUCUACCCAGCUUUCUCUCCUGUAGGGCUGACCAAAGGACCAUCCCAUCAUAAGGGUCUGAGGAAGGUCAGAAGGUCUGCCUGGAAGCGGUGUCCCUCUUGGCAUCCCCGCCCAGGGCUCUGCCGGGGGUCCUGGCCCUCCCUCCGUGUUGCUUGGCGAUGGGACCGGGACAGUAGCUGCCUGUCGGAAGCAAACAAAACCUUGAGUCAGGUUGGCCUGUGCUGGGGGAGGGGUGCCGGAGCAGCAAACAAUGGCUGAUUGGCCGCCAGCUUCCACACUCUGGGGAAAAGACAAUGCUUCUCUGUGUGGAAGGCCCCCUGCAAAAUAAACGCAGGCCAGGGAGCCCCCCCCCCCAGUAGCAGUGCAAAAGGCUGAAGACAGGAGGGGUGUGGAGAAGCCUUUCUCUGGUGGGAAGCAGCACUCGAGAUUUCCCAGGCGCGCUUUGCUACUGACGUGGGUCCAGUUGCGACUAAGUGGAGAUUUCUGGGGAACAGGUUGGCGACCACAGUUUAAAAACUUAGUCCAUAGUUACAGUCAUACCUUGGGUAUGGUGACCCGGUAGUAACGGAGUGUGUUACUUCCGGGUUUCGCCGCUCGUGCAUGUGCCAACGCUCAAAAUGAUGUCACACGCUUGCGCGGAAGCGAUGAAUCGUGACCCGCAGAUGCGGGUUGCUCCGCUUCAGGAUGCGAUCGAGGCUCCGGAACGGAUCCCGUUUGCAUCCAGAGGUACCACUGUAUUUCCAUUUCCAUUGUGUGUGUGUUUCUCCUUCUUGCAUACUGAGACAAGUGCACUGUUAUAAGUUAUAACAAGCUGCAGUCAAGCAAUGUAGUUGAGGUCCUAGAAUCGUAGAAUUGUAGCACUGGAAUGGACCCCAUAGGUCAUCUAGUCCAACCCCCUAGCAAAUAGACACUCUUUUGUGGCAACCGUAACCUAGAUUUACAGUGCCAUUUGGCGCCUAGCUGAUAUAGCUGAGUUUCUAACCCUAGUUGGAAGAUGAGGAUGGGCCACUCCCAGGAAGAGAGAGAGGGAGGGAGGAGGAGGAGGAUGGCCAGGGUUGGUGGGGAGCAAGACUGGGGCUCUGAGGCCGCCCUCCCUGAUAGAUGGGGAUGGAAUGAACAUUCGCUUCCUGCUGGGACUCGAGAGCCCAACCUCUUGCCCAGGGAUCUUGAAUCCACCCAAGUAUUGCUUAUUGCUUCUAACAAGCAAUUAUUCUGGGCAUUCUGCGGCCUUUAAGACAAAGGCUGUCCAUGGCGGUCAGUGGUCUGGUUGGAUGGUAGAGGGGAGGCUGCCGUGAGCCAGUGUCCUAAACUUCUGUGCCCUGUCUCUUUGCAACCAGGAUGUGGCAUCAACUUCUGCUCGCUUUUGCCUACACCUUCUACCUUCUGAUUUCUCUUAAAUGUUCCUGGGAAUGCUAGGCAGAUGCCGGCUAAGGAGGGCUGAGAAGGCCUUUCCCUGGCGAAGCUUAAACUUAGUUUUGCCCCGUUGUUUUAUAGCUGCCAUUGCCAACCUGUGCGUCCUAGAUGAUUUGUGCUGCUGCUCCCAGGGGCUGAUGGGAGUUGGAGUCCAAGCGUCUGGUUCCUCAUCAUCCUGGGGAAAAGUGACAAGUGGGGUGCUGCAGGGUUCUGUCCUGGGCCUGUUGUUGUUCAACGUCUUUAUAAAUGACUUGGAUGAAGGAAUUGAGGGGGCGCUCAUCCAAUUUGCAGAUGACACCAAAUUGGGAGGGGUAGCUAAUGCCACAGAAAGCAGAAUCAGAAUUCAAAAUGACCUUAUCAGAUAUGAGAACUGGGCUUAAACUAACAAAAUGAAUUUAAACAGGGACAAAUGUCAGGUUCUCUGCACUUAGGAAGGAAGAACCAGCUGCACUGGGACACUUGGCUUAUUAGUAGUUCACUUGAAAGGGAUCUUGGGGUCUUAGUAGACCCCAAGCUUAACACAAGCCAAGAGUGUGGUGAUUAUUUUUGUUUAUUUAAUUUAUAUACCUCCCUAUAUUUCUUAUACCCUGCCCACCUGACUGUGUUGCCCCAGCCACUCUGGGCAGCUUCCAACAAAAAUACAGGAAAAAACAACAGCAAAAAUUGAAAGCUUCCCAAAACAGAACUUCCUUCAGAUGUUUGCAAAAAAUCAUGAUAUAGCUGUUCAAUUCGUUGACAUUUGCCUGGAGGGCGUUCUGCAGUGUGGGUGGAGACUGCCGAAAAGUCCUUCUGCCUGGUUACUUGUUGCAGUGAGGGAACCACAAUAAGGUCCUGGGAGCUGGACUUUAGUGUCCAGGCUGAACGAUGGGGGUGGAAACACUCCUUCAGCAAAAAAAGAAAGGAAAACCUAAUGCUAUUCCAGGCUGCAUCAACAGAAGUCUUAUGUCCAGAUCAAGGAAAGUAAUAUUUGCACUCUAUUCUGCCCUGGUCAGGCCACACCUGGAAUACUGUGUCCAGUUCUGGGUGCUGUAAUUUCAAAAAGUUGUUGACAAGCUGGAACGUAUGCAGAGGAGGGGGACCAAGAAGAUCAAGCCUUAUGAGGAAUGAUUGAAGGAGUCUGGAAAAAAGACUGAGAGAAGAUAUGAGAGCCAUCUUCCAAUAUCUCAAAAGGCUGUCACAUGGAAGAGGGAACAAGCUUGUUUUUUCUAGCUCCAGAGGGUAGAACCAGUGGAUUCAAGUUCCAAGAAAGGAGAUUCUGACUAAACAUCAGGAAGAACAGUGGACAGUGGAAUGAACUCCUUUGGGAGGUGGCGGACUCUCCUUCACUGGAGGUUUUAAAGCAGAGGUUGGCUGGCCAGGUUGGCAAAGGCUUCCUUGUGGGGCCAUCAUCAGAACAUCAGAUGGUUUUAAUUUAUCCUGUUUUUGCCUCUUUUCUCAGUAUAAAAAUAGAGAGCCGUCAGAGGUUGAUUUUUAGACUGUUUAUCUGCUUGGAAGUGCAACAUGCUCCUUUGAUCAUUCUAUUCCUCUACAGUUCUUCAAUUUUCAAAGCAUCAUGAAAUACGGAUGGUUGAAAAAACCUGGAUCAGUGCGGGGAGCAAAUGAAAAGUGUGGCAUCUUUGAGAAUUUUGUUGUACUUUGGUGCAUUGCUUGUGAGCACUUGGGCUUGAGAAGGGCGUGUGACUUCUUCCACUUUCUUGAGCCUCUGCUGAGUGUGUGCAUGUGCUACACUGGAAGGUCUGAGCUCUGGGCUGUGAGCGUAGCAUUUAGGUUUACAGGCUGGAAUUGGCCAGAGAGGCUGGGAAAGGUGGGCUGAUCCCUCUUCUCCCUUGAGCCUGAUGCCCUUGGAGCUUUCCUUAAGUGGGAGACCUGCUACCUUGGUGCAAGGAUGGGACUGGGUCCUCUUUGGGGCACUUGGAGCCUGUUGAUGCUCCUGAGGCGUUGAUGGUCAUUGGUCCAGGUGCCUCCUGUGCAGUAUCAGGGUCUUCUGAGGCUCCCUAUUGGACCCACAGAGGGAGAGGCUCAUUGUCGUGGUUCUUUGGUCCAGAUUCCCCUUGGACUGCGGCUUCCCUUAGUACUAGGAAAUGAGGUGCCAAGUGACACCAUAGCUUGUUUCCUGCUCCACAGCAAUGGAUCCAAAUGAAAAGAAAGGAGAUUAUGAGUAAACAUUAGGAAGAACUUUCUGAUAGCGGAGCGGAUAACACCAGAAGGUAGUGGACUCUCCUUCCUUGAAGGGUUUGAAACAGAGGCAAGGUGGCCAUCUCUCAGGGAUUCUGUGAUUCCUGCAUUUCAGGGGGUUGGACUAGAUGACCCUUUGGGGGGGUCCCUUCAACUCUACAAUUCUAUGAUUCCAUGAAGAAGCUCUUUGGCUGGGCAGGGUGUUGGCAGUCAGCCCAGGGUCUUGAACUUCAGCCUCUGAUGUCUGUAGCUUCCUAAUUGCCAGGUGAGUCACCUGAGGGAUUCCUCAGAUGUGUUCACACCUUUUCCAUGAGGAGUUGCAUCUUGGCUUUUGGGUGAAGCUUGGGUCUGGAGGACCUGCCCAAUAGACUGCUGGUCUUCCAUAUUUGGCUUGAGUGGAGGUCAGGGUGACUGGUGGGGGCAGGAGGCUCUUUGGCCUCCAUAGCCCCUCUUUUUGAGGCUACACCCCCCUCCCUCUUGCCCCGAGGUGGUGGCAACUAGAAUAUCAAGUGUGGGUGGUCUGGACUCUGGUCCCGAAAGGCACCUUCCCUCCAGUCCAAACAAACCAUCCCUGCACAUGGAUCUACUGGUGCUCAAGCAGCCCUGUUCUCCUUGAGAAACUGCUUCCCCAUCCUGCUUCCAGCUCUCUGGAGUUUGGGGCAGGGGAGCAACUGGGGAUUGUGCCUAGGGCCUUCUGUGUCUAGUGGGGGUGCUCAGCCGCUGAUCUGCGGCCCCCUUCUUAAGGCCCUGGUCUUCCCUGGCAAGGCCUUUGCCUCAUUGACAAAUGAAUCCAGGGCCCUGCAGGUCUUGCUUCGGCUCAGGGUUGGGAUUCUGGACUCCGAGUAGUAGCUCCAAGUCAUAAUCUGAAGUAGCAAAAAAUACUGUGUGGGAAAGAUCAGUCAAUCAUUGGAAAUACAAAAUUCCCACUUUUUAUUAAAGUCACAAAUAACACUGCGGGAGCUUAAAGACCAACAGAUUAAUUACGGCAUCAGCUUUUGUGGACUGAUGCCAUCGUAAAUUUGCUAGUUUUCAAGGUGCCUCAGCACUGCGGGGAAGGUGGGUGGGAAGAAGGGCAAAGACUCUGUCUAUCCAGCCUCUCAGUCAAAGGCUGCCUUUAAUUUAUUGAAACAAUAAGAUCAUACGAACUCCAGGCCAUCAUUCCGUUCAGCUUUAUUGUUUUCUUCUGCGGCAUCUCAUGAAAUCAGAAGAAUUACCCGCUGAAGGGGGCUUCCUCCUGCUCCUGCCUCUCUUCCUCUCCAGAGGUACCAGGGAAAGGUGAUCUUCUGCCUGCCCUUCAGACGGACGAGUGAGGCUCCUGUCUCCCUCAAUCGGUUUCCAUGUUCAGGCUGACCUUUGCCCACCAGGUGCCCCCUGGGCACUUUGGACAAGAACUCCCAUAAUAGCCGUGCUUGCUGGGGCUGGCGGGAAUUUGGAGGAAACCUGCUUGACCUCAACACAGUUCCAGGUGACCAGAGCUGGUUUCUGAAGGGGAAAGGGGCAGUUUCCCUUGCUGACUAGGAACACGGUGCAAGCGGUGGGUCACAGAUGGGGUGAGAAUGGUGGUGUUGAGGGGCUGAUUCCACUCCCUUUCCCAACCAAGACACUUCUGUCUUUAGCCCAGUCUGGUGGGUGGGGGGCGUCCCCCUGGGAGGUUGGUCUUGAGAUUCCCAGCAGGAGGGAUCUGUGCUGUCACUUUUCCUGUUGAGGGUGCCACACCCUGGGCAGGGCACCUGAGCUGGCACAGACCCUGAUGAGACAUAGGCAGCGGCCAUGGUUCCAUCUAGCCCAGUGUUGUCCACACUGACCGGCAGAGGCUGUUCAGGAUUUCAGACAGAGAAUUUCAGGCAGACACUCGGCUAGAGCCGCGUUGGCCUGGCUCCCUGAACACUCUUCCUUUGUUGCAUGAGAGUGGCUGCUGCUGCUGCUGCUGCAAAGGCCUUUAGCCAGAAGGGUCAGCAGGGAGAUGCGGCUAAAGCAAAUCUUUUCCUGGAGGGGAGGGAUUCUUUGCGUAUCUUGGGGGAGGGUAUUACCCCUUGCAAGGGGCUAGCGUCUUCUCCUCCAAGGUAGGACCAUCUUUGCCUCUGGUGCUUCAGCUGACUUGGGUCUCCUCCAACCUUUUUGACGCUGAAGAAGUUGUGAUGUUUGGUGAGAUAUUAUCAUGCCUCCCCUUAAGCUUUUCUCCUCCAAGGAAAACACGGACUUGGGUUCCAGGCUGCUUGUCGUCUUCCUUGUAUUUUUCUGGACACAUUUUUUCCAGGUUGUCCAGGUCUUCCUUAAAAUGUGGCACCCAGAAUUGCCACAGGCCUGUCCAGGAGAGAGUGGGACUGUUGCUUCCUGUGAUCUGGACGUUGUGCUCCUGUUAAGGAGACUUGAGAAGCUGCAUUAGCUUUUCUUUUGCAGCUGAAUCACACUGGUGGCCCCAGUCCAGCUUAAGAUCCGCUCAACACGCCCCCCCCCUUGCACACGAGGUGCUGCCAAGUCAGGUCUCUCCCUUGCAUUUGAUUUGGCUUUGAACCUAAAUGCAGUGCUUCACAUUUGUCUCUGGUGCAUUUGGCCUUGUUGGUUUUGGGCCAGGAGUCUGUGGUCCAGAGGGAACUCUAAACUGGAAAGAUGGAUGCAUCGCUCUGGAGUCCCAACUGAUGAAAUUUUGCCGCCAACCAAGCAAGCAAAAUUAGAGACUUGCUAGCAGUGGGAGAGGCCCGGAGGACCCAGGCGCAGCUCCAAGUCGCCGCCUGUGACCUCAUCCAGGCCGCCGGGAUCCUGCUGGGGCUCCUUCAGCAUCUUCAUCACAGCCUCUCCUCCUGCGCCACUGUGUCAGCCAAGGUGUGGCUGAAGAUGCUGAACCGGCUGUGGCGCAGCGAGAGCGUCCUGAGCAUGGAGGCACUGCUGGACCGCCUUGUCGGCCUCUGGACCGAGUGACAUGCAGCUGCAGAAGGAGACGCUCGUCUCAGGCUUCCAGGAAUGAACCUCCUGGUUAUCGAGACCCAGAGUCAGCACCCACCUUCCACUGAUCCUCCGUGCCUGAUUAUUCCUUGCGCUUCCCUCUUGCCCUUGCUUCCAGGGUGGUGAAGGCUGCCCUUCAACCUUCACCAUUAAACUGGCUAUUCCUAAAUGGGGCCGUUGCCCAUCUAUGAGUUGCCUCAGUUUUUGUAACUAGCUGGUCAGGUGGCUGAGGAGCUUCUCCCCAAAGCAGAAAUGUGAAAGCCUGAAGAAAAAAGCAGAAAAAUUGGGGUAGGUUUUUUCCAAAAGAAAUAAGGGGGAGGGUAGCAGAAAAAAAUGGGGUCAUGGUCGAAUUUCCCCAGUGUUUUCUGAGGCCUUCAUAUCUCUACCACGAAGCCUCAGGCAGCAACAGAAGAGAGCAGAAGCAUUUUUAGAAAGAAAACUCCAUGUGCCAUGGUUUGAGUAAUUAUUAUUAUUAUUAUUAAUGAUAUAUACCCUGUACAUUUAUACCCCAUCACAUGACCCAGCAGCCUAGGCAAAGAUUUGAGGGGAGGAGUUGAGCAGAGGCAGCUCUUGGGGCUACUCUCUGUUCCAGGGUCAGCUGGGUCCCUUUUGUGGGGGGGGGGGUUGCUCUUGCCCUUGAGUCCUGCUUGGGGGCGUCUGGUUGGCCACUGUGAGGACAGGGGGGUGGGCUUUGGCCUGAUCCAGCAGGCGGACAGGCUCCUCUCAGGUUCUCCUUGUUCCACAAUUGCUGCUAGAAAUGUGCCGAUCCUGCCGCUGCCGCUGUGUGCUGUGCCAUGCGAGGCGCUUGCCUGCCUCUGGAUCCUCAGAUGUCUCCCUGUAAUGACUCUCGUCUUCAUCAGGCUGUCAGCGCUCCCUGCAAGGACUUCAAAACAAAGAGCGGAGUGGGGGGGUGUCUCAGGCACUCCUCCGAUGUGUCAUUGCUUGGCAUCUGCACCAGCCCCCGCUUGCUCAUUAAGCUUUCCCCCAGCGUUCCUUGUUAAAAGGGACCUGUUUUCGUCUGUGCGGCAGCAGUGCACCAGGCAGCCUUGGGAAAGAGUUGGGGGUCUUGGCAAGUGGAGGGGGUCCCCCAGGGCUGUGCAUGUGGCCCCAGGGUGCUCUGUGUCUGAUCUUGCUUUCCCUCCUCUCUCUGGGCAGCUGCCCUGCCCUGGGUCCUGUGUGUCCUUUAGAGGCAAGAGAGAGGGCGGAGCCUCUGGUCCCCCCCGCUGUGUGUCCUGAGGAGGAGUUGGGGGCUACAGGCAGCCUUGCUGAGAAACAAGUGGGGGGGAUGUCCUGCAGGAACACUACAGUUCAUGGACAGCCUAAUCCCAGAGGGGCCCCAGAACCAAUUUUAGUCCAGAUUGCUUUAAAAAAAUGGGUCUUAUGUGACCCAAUUUGGGUGGCACGACUCAAAGUGAGUAUUUUGUUGUUGUAUAUAUUUCACGAAUCCCAAAGUUUGAGAGUCAGUAGCACAGAUGUUGUAAAGGUGUGGGGAUCUCUUGUGGAGCAUCCCCACUGAAGAACAGAACAGUGGUUAGCCACACCCAGCGUUUGAAACUUGCCAGGUGCAUUUUGCACCUGACUACCGGUCCCUUGCGACCAAGCCAAGACGCCCGGGCGCCAUUAUGGCGUCCGACGUCUCCACUGCCUGGAGGAGCCUGCCUGGGGAUGCCUGGAUCUUGCCUGUUUUCACACUACCAAUGCAUCCUGUCCGUGAUAUUUUAUCUGCACAAUCAGAAUGAAUUUCAGGAACUAAAAAGACUUUUUGAAAAAUAGACGUUUCAAGCCGUCUGGCCCCCAAAUGGCAACUGGCAUUCCCUUUUGGCAACUGUAAGCCUGGUUUAAGGAGCCAUUUGGUGCCUAGCUUAUAUAUCUGAGCUUCUAAUGCUGCCCAGAAAGGUCCCCCAUGACAGUUCAGGGGUCUGCCGCUGGUUGGGGGACAUCUUUGCCCCAUGUGUCUAGUAUGCACCCCUGCUAGGCAGGGACUCCCGCCCUUGCCGGUUCUGGUGGAGCUGCAGCAGACUUGGGAGGAUGGAAAGGGCUGCCCUCUUCUGCUGUUUGAGCCUCAGCACUGCACAGCCUGGAGGAGGGGGCCUGGGUCUGCUUUGCCCGCCCUCUGAGCAUUGGGCUCAGCACCCUCCGUGCCUUUGCAAAGUCUCCUCUCCGUUCCCUCCUUCCUCCUGGAGCCCCUAAAGAUGCUGCUUGGAUGUGAAGAGCCAGCUCAGGGGCACAGGAGUUUGAAAUGCCGGCUUGAGAGUGUGUUCCUUGCAGGGUGGGUGCAGCGGGUCAUGGGGAGGGGGCUUGAACAAUGGGGAUGGGACAAAGCCAGUGGCUGUUAUACCCUCCCAGGACACAAAGGCUUCUUUCUCUCUCUCUGUGUGUGUGUGUGUGUGGAGGGUCUCUCGCUCUCUCCCAGUUGUUUCUCUUUCCUGGGGAGAACAAUGGCCAGCAUUUACCCAUCCCAAUAAUAAUAAUAAUAAUAAUUUAUUAUUUAUACCCCACCCAUCUGGCUAGGCUUCCCCAGCCACUCUGGGUGGCUUCCAACAGAACACUAAAAUACAAUAACCUAUCAAACAUUAAAAGCUUCCCUAAGCAGGGCUGCCUUCAGAUGUCUUCGAAAAGUCUGGUAGUUGUUUAUUUGCUUGACAUUCCUUGAUGGGAGGGCGUUCCACAGGGUGGGUGCCACCACCGAGAAGGCCCUCUGCCUGAUUCCCUGUAACCUGGCUUCUCGCAGCGAGGGAACCACCAGAAGGCCCUCGGCGCUGGACCUCAGUGUCCGGGCAGAACGAUGGGGGUGGAGACGCUCCUUUAGAUAUACUGGACCGAGGCUGUUUAGGGCUUUAAAGGUCAGCACCAACACUUUGAAUUGUGCCAGGAAACGUAACGGAAGCCAAUGUAGGUCUUUCAAGACCGGUGUUACAUGGUCUUGGCGGCCGCUCCCAGUCACCAAUCUAGCUGCCGCAUUCUGGAUCAGUUGUAGUGGCGGAUGGUGUUCUGUCUCACCUGGGUGCUGAAGGAGCGCUGAGCCCUGGGCUUGUGUGUUCAAAAGGACCCCCCUGCAAACUCCUGACAGUGAGGGGAAGGAGUCUGCAGGUGGAGGGUGCUGAGGAGUUAUGCUGUGGGAGGAACGGAAGGAAAGGAAAGACAUGGGUUGUGGGUGUUCCAAGCAAGGAAGAGGAGGAGGCAGCCAAUCCGUUUACGGAUCUGUGGGUCACCACAGCACCUUGCAUCUGGUUCCCAGGAACAUGGGCCAUUGAGAAUCUUCUGAUUUAAAUGAAGCUGGCUUAUGUGGCAUGCCAGACCUUUUUUUAACAUUAAAUUGUUCCCAGUGUGUUGUAAUUGUUGUCACCUGCCCAGGGACCUUGGGGUGAAGGUUGUUUGCUGCUGCUGCUGCUGCUGCUAUUUACAGCGGUACCUCGGGUUAAGAACCUAAUUCGUUCUGGAGGUCUGUUCUUAACCUGAAACUGUUCUUAACCUGAGGUACCAGUUUAGCUAAUGGGGCCUCCUGCUGCUGCCGCGCGAUUUCUGUUCUCAUCCUGAAGCAAAGCUCUUAACUCGAGGUGCUAUUUCUGGGUUAGCGGAGUCUGUAACCUGAAGCGCCUGUAACCCCAGGUACCACUGUAUUAUCAUUUGAAAUUUCAUUUCAAACAGAAGGCUGGCCAUAAGGGUGUGGCGGAUGUACCCUUGGUGGCCUCUUGGGCCUGAGAGGCUGCAGGGCCUGGCCAGGGAAGCUGUGCUGCCCAACAGGGCGGCAUCCAGCUCUGGGGGGGGGGCUUCCCUGAGGGCUGCCUUACGCCUUAGCUGGGGGUGUUUCUUGCACUUGGAGCUCAGUGGCCUCUGUGCAGAGGGUGUUCUGCUCUUUCCCCGCUGACUGACACUGCUGCGUGCUCAGCUGCUGCAGGGGGGGGAGAGGGGGCUGGCCUCAGGGGUUUUUUUUGGGGGGGACACAGUCAGGUCCACAGCUGCUGGCUGCAGUUGCUCUAUGGGCCACACUUACUUUUUUCUCCAUGUCUCCUCAUAUGGUCGGGUUGCCAUUUUUCAAAAAGUGGAAAUCCAGACACGAAAGUUGUUUUGAGCUAUUUUUUAAGGAAAAUUGGCAAAAAAAGACACUACCGACAUGGGCUGCUAUAUGUCUGGAUUUUCCUGGACAUUUUGCCGAUUUCUGCUGGGACACAGCUUCCAACUGCAGUAUUCCAGGUAUAUCCGGGAAAUUCUGGGUGUAUGGCAACCCUGUGACCUAUGGAGACGCAGCCCCAAAUUGCCCUGGCCCACGUAAGCCCCUUCCUGGGCGGGCAGGGCAGGGUUCUUUGAGGUUUUACAUCCAUCAAGUGAUCUAUACAAUUUGUUAAACAAAUGAGUAAAACCAGCAAGCCCCUUCUGUGAGCUGUUGGGCCUCUCAUCUUAGUGAGUGGGGUGGGAAAGUUGAGCUGCAGAAUCCUUUGCCCCUCAGUCCACUGUGAGAGAGGUGGUCUCACUCGGAGGCUGUGGCUUUGAUGCUUCUGCUGGACCCGUCUGGACCUAUUUUCUCUGCAGGCCCCUUUCCUGCUUGUGUCCACACUGGUCAUGGGCCUGUUAGCUUUGAGUUGUCUCCAACUCUGCUUUGACAACUGCGUGAACAAUCUGUGGGUGCCUUUGAGCUUCCUAAAUCUUUGAAAACCAAAUGCUGGUUGACUUCUUCAACACACCUCAUCCUGCAUACAGAUUGUGGGGUGCAGGUCCGCUGGCCUUGUGUGGUGCCUGCCCCAUUCCAAGUGUUCCUGUAGAGUAUUCUGGGUCUGCCUGGUGCUCUCCCCACACUGCGCAAGAGUUGGAAGGGACCCCCAAGGAUAAUCUAGUUAAACACCCUGCAAUGCAGCUAAAGAGGGGGCAGUGGAGACGCUCCUUUGUAGGGAGCAAGAGUGCCCUGCCAAUGCCCUGCCCUGAUGUCCAGGGCUCCCGUUUCCCCUCCCACCUACUAAGAGAGAGGGGCCCACAUUGCAUAGCUACAUGAUGAGAUGGGAUAUCUAUGGGCCACAGCAACUCUCCCUCCCCAGGUCUGCUCUGAUACUGCACAUGAGUACCCAGUACCGAGGUCUCAGUCCUACAGACCCAGCUGGUUUCCUCAUUCCCCAUCAAGGCAUGAGCAGCUGCAGAUCUGAGGGCUGGCUGGUGGGGCAGGUAAUGUCAGCCUUGUCCCCAGUUGACUGUGCCUUGGGCCCUAUCCUAGCCUGCCAGUUCCAAGCUGUGGGGGAUCCUGGUGCAACAAGGACAUCUGCUUCUCCCUCCUGCAAGCGCCAGGCAAGGCUUGCUCUCCCAAGGUCCUCUGCUCCUCUGCGAUUGCAGCUUCAGAGUAGACCCUAUUUGCAACCCUGCAGCCAUCAAAAGGGAAUGUGCCUCCGUCUCCUCCAGGUUUUGGGUCCAGCUCCAGCUUGUGGGAAUGCAGGUUUUGUUUGAUUCCCGGAGACCCCUCCCUCCUCCCCCUUUUCUUUCGAUCCCUGCCUCUCUCACACAAUAGGAGCUGAUGGUCUGUCUGGGAGCCUCUGAGCCGGCAGCUGUCAGGUCUGACUGCGCAGAUUUCAUGGCAAAUGGGAGCUUCUGAUGCUGAUGGAGGGGCUGGGUUUGCCGCCAAGGGAGGCCGUGUUCAGGGGGCCUCUUUUAUGCAACGAGAUGCCAGGGAGGGAGGCGGAGGAGGUUGCUGGAGGGCUGCAAGAGGAAGGGCUUUCCAGGGGAGGGGAGCAGAGACCCUCUUUGCUCUGCCAGUCUUGGUGGUGCUGUUUUUUAAUAUAUUUCUCUUCCAGCUGCCAAAGAGGAAUGGAGGAUGUUUGCAGAGAUGUGGGGGUGGGGAGAGGACCAGGCAGCUGCAGCAUCUUUAGGGCAUAUUGUCGGUAGGAUGGCAGAGCUGCCAGGAGCAGCCGAGAAGGAGGCAGAGGUUCUGGCGGUCAAGAAGGGCUCUGCAGAGCAAGGCCUAGCCAAGUCCAGCCGCCUCUUCUGACACCAAAGAACCAGAUUCUCCCUGAACCUCCGUGGCAGCUCAGAUGGUUUCUGGGCCAUCAGAAGAGCCCUGCAGCAGCAGCAGCAGCAGGAUCAGGCCAAAGGGGGACCAUCUAGUCCAGCUCCUUUUCCCACAGGGACUGACCCAGUGCCCAUAAGCAGGACCUGAGUGCAGCAGCAAUUCCCCACCCCCCACGUCACUUCCAUCAACUGGUGUUCGGAGGCAAUGGCUGCCUCAGACAGUGGAGGGGAGAGCACAGCUGUUGUGGCAAGUGGCCACUGAGAGCCAUCCUUCCCAGUGUUAGAAACUCAAAUAUAUAUGCAAGGCUCCAAACGGCUCCUUAAACCAGGGUGUGUUUCUCGUGUGUGAAAACAGGCAAGGGCCAAGGAUCCCCAAACAGGCACCUCCAGAUGGGGGAGACAUCAGACGCCACCCUGGCGCCUGGGCAUCUUCACUUGGUUGCAAGUGGUCGACAGCCGGGGGCAAAAAGCCCCUGGAACCUGGUGAAUUUUGAACGCUGAUCCAUCUGCAAGCCGUGCACCAGUUUUGUUCCCACAGGGCCUCAUGUUCCUCAUCCCCACCAGCCACACUUCCCUCAGAGGACGGAUGCAGGGCCAGCCCAAGACAUUGUGCUGCCUGAGGCAGAGUAGCACCUGCUGCCCCCAUCCCUCCCCUGGUCAGGGCACUCAUAGCCUGCAGCCAAAUUAUUUUGGUGCCCACACCUACCUGCCUCCCUCCCUCCCUCUCUGUUGAUAAUCGGAAGUAACAAUAGGCUGCCUUUUGGGGGCACUUAAAAGCAGCUGCCACAGGCUGUUGCCUCACUUUCCCUCCUGGUAGGACCGGCCACAGGGUAAGUGGGUCACAAGAAAGGCCUCGGAGGCUGAGCCACAUUCUCAGAGAAGGUGCGGAGGUGCCCUCGUCCCGGACGAUGGGUGGAAUUCCAUGACGUGCUAAGGCAAUUGUUCCGUCAGCAAAAGCCCUUCUGUUUUCCACUAGGCAGAGCGACCUCUCUUCCCCCCACCUCCAGCUCUGGGGGUUCUCCUGGCCCCCGCAAGCAGAUUUCAGGAGACGAGGUCACACUGCACUAGCAGGACUCCUUGCACUUGCGUCAACCAGUGCAACAACCUGGGUGAAUCCGGUCCCAUGUCCUCCAGCUGGGGUGUUCUGUGAGCCUGAGGAACUGGUCUGGAGCAGCCUGUGCUGUGUCCUACAUGGCCGCGUUUUCUGAAUUGCAGUGCCUCUGACCCUCAGCUGUCUCCUUGGAUGUGAUCGCUGGGCAGUGUGGCCUCUUGGCAUAAGUUAAACUGUGGAACUCCCUCCCACAAUGAUGGCCACCAAGCUAAAUGGCCUUAAAAGGAGAGAAGAGGGCUAGGAAUGGCCUGAGCCCAUUAAAUGGAUGGCCUGUGACCUGUGGAGUCUUGCCAGUGGGAGGGAGCAGCCAUGGCUCAGGCGUCCACGGCCCCUGACCUCCUUUGCCCUGUCCUCCUUUUCCAGAGCCAUGCUCGCCAACGCUGCCACGAUGCGGAUCCUCAUCAAGGGGGGGAAGGUGGUGAACGACGACUGCACCCUGGAGGCCGACGUCUACAUUGAGAACGGCAUCAUCCAGCAGGUGGGCCGUGAGCUCAUGAUCCCCGGCGGAGCCAAGGUCAUUGAUGCCACCGGCAAGCUGGUGAUCCCGGGGGGCAUCGAUACCAGCACCCACUUCCACCAGACCUUCAUGAACGCCACCUGCGUGGAUGACUUCUACCAUGGCACCAAGGUAGUCUCCCUCCUCCUCCUCUCUUUGGUUGUGUGGUGCGGGGGAAUGCUCAGCGGGUGGUCUGGUCUUGGGCAUUGACCAGUGUGUGUGUUCUCUUAGAGCAAGACAAUUUCUGGGGAGACUUGAGAUCUGCGGAAUUGAUGAGACAUGAGGCAGGUCCACACCAUCCAUUUAAAGCAAACCCAACACACAUUUAAAGCACAUGACGCACACACCCAAUAUCCCAGGAACUGUAGUUCCCCCCCACAGACAGGGGAAGCCAGCUAUGGGCACUUCUGGCAGCCAGCAUCCCCCUGAAUUUAUUUCCACAGGCACCUCCGCUAUUACCGAUCCAAAUGUCACUGGGGUGCUGCAGUGGCCCUCCAUGGCACCUGUGCUGGCUCUGUGCAGGGCAGGCGUGGAUAGAUACAAGCCUCUCAGGCCUCUGCCAACCUGGUGCCCUCCAGAUAUUUUGGGUGUCAGCAUCCAUCAGUGCAAGACAUGCACUUCCGUGGACUCCAGAUCUCCCUCUGACCCAGGACUAACUCUGGCCUUGCCAUGUGCUUAGUGAGAUCUGGCCUCUGGCCCCUUUCUUCACCCUCCUUACUUCCCCCCCAGACAAUGCUGGCCUGUCCCUUUGGCAAGGGGGCAGGGCUGCUUUGGGUGAGGCCUAAAUGUUGUAAGCAGAGUCAGAGCAUUCCUAGUCAGCAACAACCAUGUGAUUCCAGGGCCCCGUCUGCGCUGGGCAGAGGAGUGUGUAGCUGGCUGCCCUCCCUCCCUCGAUGAUUCCUGGCCAUCCACUGCCUUGUCUGCCUUUUCCGGGGGGCGGUGGGGGGCGGUGAGGCCUUUCCCUUCCCAAAUGUGCUCCGGAACCGGGGGAAAGAACAUCAGUGUUGACCAGUGGGGAGCAUGUGAAGUGACAGGAGCCUCCCUGGCAGCUGUUGGGGCCUCUUGGCUGAGCAGGUGGCAGCUGCUGGUGUCAUUUGCAGGGCAGGUGUGGGAAGGAGUCGGGUCACCCCAUGGCGGGGGCUGGUCUCCCUUGCAUCGCGGCCCCGUUCUGCUCCUCAUGGCAUCCCGGGCCAGGCAGCAGCGUCAGCUUCUUCCUCCUUGCUCAAGAGGAGCCUGGUCAAAAGCCCCAGUUACUUGCAAGGCCUGGGGGGCCGGAUCUGGCCGCCCAGCCACCCACCUGCUCGGACUGGGCUGUAUCUCUGCCCAUCCGCCUGCCUGCCGGCCUGCCUGCCUGCCGGUCAUCUUGGGGACUGGGGGGAGCUGUCCAGGCCUCUGGUGCUGAAAGUGCUUAGCUCCUUUGCUCAACACAAGGCAAAAGUACCAGUAACUCCACAGAAGAGCAGGAGUUUGUUUUAUUGUCCAUUUUGAAAAAAUACCAAGCCAUAAGGUGGUGGAACUAGAACUCAGAUUACUAAUAUUUUUAUAGGAAUUGUUUUUAGAAUUUCUACUUUGUUUUUUCCUUGUUUCUUUGUUUUUUUUCUUUACCAAGCAAACCCAAAGUGGCCUUCAAAAAGAUGCAACCUGCUAAUGCUCUUUUUUAAAAAAAUGUUCCAAACAGAGCUAUCAUAAAGGGAACAGGAUUGAAAUAACAGCCAGAUAAGCAUUGAUUGUUUAUUUCAUUUCUUCCUGUGAGGCACCCCGAGUGAUUGACGAUCUAAUAAAAAUGUAGGCUGGUGUUCAACUAAGUUUUUCUGCUUGUGCAAGGAUAGUUCUUGUGCAAGGGGGUUCCUCCCCUCUCCAGCCGUGCACCUCCCCCCCCCAAAAAAUCUGAUUUGGGUUGGUGGAACUUCUAGAACAGAUUUAGGUGGUGGGGAGAUGGGAAGAAAGUUCCAUCAUGCAAGAAGAGAUCAUCUGACUAAUGGAAUGCUCCAUGUUGAAAACAGCUGAAACAACUAUGUUUUUUAAAAAAGCAUUCAGGCAAGUUCUACUCAGAGCAGCCCUUUCAAAAUUCAUGGACCUAACUUAGUUGUGUGCAUUAAGUUCAGAGGGUCUACUCUGAGUAGAAUUUUGCUGAACACCACCCACCCACUUGGCUGCUGUGCAUGAAUUCUUUGGACAUGGUCUUCUGGCUGUGCACAGACUUGCCUUCUCGGAGCAGUAAGCCUGCUGUGGAUCUACACACCCCUUUUUUGACAGGUGUGCAGCUGUUCUAGCACAGAAUCAAGCCCAUGACCGGUACGUCCCCCUGUUUCCAACAGAAGCCAGCUCUGCAGAGGGCGGAUUGAACGAGCUGUGCUUAACAUCACAAAGCCUCCUCCCUCCCCAUCUAGCUGCUCAGGGUGUCCCUUGCGCCAGUCACGGCGCCACUGUCUCCUCUGCCAUGAACAGUGUUCCAAAUACAGUGGACGCUCGGGUUGCGAAUGUGAUCCGUGCGGGAUGCUGUUCACAAGCCGCAGCAGCACAUCUGCACACACGUGGGUUGUGAUUCGGCACUUCUGUGCAUGCGCAAAGCCCAAUUUAGCGCUUCUGCACAUGCGCGACCGCUGAAACCCAGAAGUAAGCUGGAGAGGUGACGCACGUCUGUGGAAGCGAGGCGCCUGUCCUGCGAAGCCGGGGGAGGAGCAGAAGGGUCUCCUUCAGUUCCUCCUCCAGCUUCGCUUGAUGGGCGCUGCACACUUCUCCCUCUCCACACAGCGCCUCUCCUUCACAGGAGAGGUGUUGCGCAGAGAGGGAGAACUGCACAGCGACCCUUCAGCCACACGCCUGCCUGGAAGCUGGAGGAGGAACAGCCGCCCCAGCCCCGCAUCUGGGGGGGGGGAGUUUUUUUCCCUUUAUUUCCCCCCCAAAAAAACUAGGUGCGUCCUAUGGGCCGGUGCGUCCUAUGGGGCGAAAAAUACAGUAGUUUCUGGGCACUGAGCUCCUUCACCUAAAUUUAGGCUGUGAGCAAAGUCUCUUCUUGCCCCCCCCCCCAUUGUCUCUCUCUCUUCAUUUUCCUGACAUGCCAGGAGAACUGUUGGGGCAGCUUGGGCACCCCAGGGAAGAAGCGUGUUUAGUCCUGAGUGCCCUGUGCUGAACACAACCAGGGCAAUAGAAAGGGGGCUUCUGCUUCUGCUCACCAACCACCUCCUCCCUGCCCCCCAUGAGUUCUCGGCCUUGGAUUCCUCUUGAAAUUGUGAAGGCCUUGGAACCCAGAACCACCAUGCAGGGCCCUUGAGGGAAUGUAGGCAAGGCAGCCAGCUUCUCCCUCUCCUCCCGCCCCCCCUCAAAAAAAGCAGCUUUGGGGAUUAGCUGAUGUCCCACAAGUGUCAGCUGAGGACACAGCCUUCCCUUUGCAUUAGCAAGAAAUGCUUCCUGCCGGCUCCUGACCCGGGGCCUCCACGCCAGGAAGGCUGCAGGGCUUGCAGACUCUGGGUUGGGCGUUGGUGGUUCGCUCCUCGGAAGCUCUUUUGGGGUUUCCACGAGGGCAUCUCUCACCAGCUUCCCUUUGCCCCUGUGCCCAGGCUGCCCUGGUGGGGGGAACCACGAUGGUGAUUGGGCACGUGCUUCCGGACAAGGACAUCUCCCUCCUGGACGCCUACGAAAAGUGCCGCAGCCUGGCCGACCCCAAGGUGUGCUGCGACUACGCCCUGCACAUGGGCAUCACCUGGUGGGCACCAAAGGUAAGAGGGGAGGGGGCGCACAGGGGGGUGGUCUUGUUGGUCUCCCUGACUCACGUUGAGGAGGUCUUUUGCCUUGACUGGCAGCGGGUCUUUAGGGUUCCGAAAGUGGGGUCUUGUAAGAGCACAAGGAGUAAUAAUACAACAAAACAACACCACCACAAACUGGCUUAUAAGUAUAAAACCAAAUUUACUAGACUAAUAGCUAGAAUAGAGAUAGGCUUGUAACCAUUCAAACAACAAACAUAUUAAGGUGCCAUGUGCAAGACAAAGCCUGGAGAUACUGUAAACAUGCAGUGGAUAAAUGUGAACUCUAUCUUAACAAGUUACAUGUGCAGUAAACGUUAUACCUACUGGAUAAAUGAACCGCUCAACAAGUAGCGUAAGUCCAAUCACAGAACAGCAACCCCGUGCCGCCACAAUGGCAAGGGUAGCACACUAGAGAAUAUGAAAAGUUUUUCAAAGCUGUUUUUCAAAGAUUGAACUGGAUGAGAUGUUCUUCAAUGGGUCUUGAGUUGGAAACACAAAGUCGUAUGCAUGGAUCAAUCACGGGAAGGCAAAUCAAAGCCGCCACCCUGGUGAGAAUAACGCAAGUGGGCAAAAAGAGACCUGUACGCUUCAUCAGUCCGAAAGGCCAGUCAUACGAAACGGUUUGCUCAGGAUAAAGAAAGUAUUCACAGGCCUGCCGGAUCAGGCCAAAAGCCCAUUGCAUCCUGCAUCCUCUUCUCACAGUGACCAGCCAGGUUCUCAUUAUGGGAAACCCACAAGCGGGACCUCAGCCCAAGAGCCCCUUCCCCUCCUGUGGUUUCCUGGCCUCCUGUGGCAGGGAGUUCCAUAGAUUAACUUUGCACUGCAUUAAGAAGUCCUCCCUUUUAUCCUCCCCAAAUCUUCCCACUUUCAACCUCAUUUGAAGCCACAAAUUCUGGUGCCAGGAGAAGAGAAAAAUUUUCCCCUUUUCUCUGUGCCAUGCAUAUUGAAAUUCUUUUUUAAAAAAAUUUGUUUAUGAUUUCCAGGUUUAUACAUUUCACUAACUUUACAGUCAUUUUAACAUUUCCAAACUUGACUUUCUUCCCCCUCUUUCUGCAGUUCCUUACAUUUAUUUUUAAUAUUUUCUGCAUAUCCAAAUUAACUUAAUUUGUUCAUUUAUUCAUCUACUUUAAAUAUAUAUGAAACCACAGGUUAUUACAAUAACCCUGCCAAUGUUCUUAUCUGUUUACAGUUAAAUUUUCAAUAAACCAUUUCUAUUCCUUUAUAAAAAGUUUGUUAUCUUGAUUUCUUAUUUUUCCAGUGUGUUUUGCCAUUUCUGCAUAUUCCGUAAUUUUACAAACUGCCAUCGUUUUGCCUCUUAACUCCCCUAAAAAGCCCCCAACACUGCAGACUUUCUUCAUGGGGGGAGGGUACUCCAUCUGCCUGACCCUUCUGAUUGCCCUCACUGCAGCCCCUUGGGGAGGGUGCCUGGGGCCUUGCCCCUUCUCCAGUGGUGCCACCUCCACGCCCCUCGGCCGUGCCUCCUCCUCCCAGUUCUUCCGCAGCCAUCCAGCUGCCACCCUCCCCGCCUGCUCCAGCCUGCGGAGAUUUUCCUCAGGCCAACUGCUGGGCCGUAGCAGGAUCUCAAGGCCAGGGGUCUCAAGCAUGCCUGCUGGCCGUCUCAUGGCCCCCAGCUGCUCCAAGGGCCGUGGAGCAUCUGCCGGCUGGUAAUUCUGGAUUAGACCCCUGCCCACAGCCAUCUUGUUCCCCAGCCCCAGCUGGGUGGCUUGACCUCCUUAGCCUCUUCUUUGGGUGUUUGUGGCUCAGCUCCUUCCUCCUCUCGGCCCCCUGACAGCUGUAACAGCCCUUCCUUUCCCUCCGCGGUUGGCCACUCCCUCCCCCUCUUUGGUGGGCUUUGGCGCUGCCUUGCCUGGCUUCUGGCACUAGGAGAAGACCCCCACCCCACCUGUGUCUUACCUGCGCAGGACCAUUUCAUCACAGCUUGGGGCACCCAGCUCUGCAGCCUCUGUCUUCUGUAGUGGCACCUGCUCUGUGGAACACCAUCCCACCAGAUGUCAAGGAAUUAAAGAACUAUUUGACUUUCAGCCCUGUAUAGGGAAGUUGUUAAUGUUUUAUUGUGUUUUUAAUAUUUUCUUGGGAGCUGCCCAGAGAGGCUGGGGCAACCCAGUCAGAUGGGCGGCAUAUAAUAAAAAAAGUAUUAUUAUUAUUACUAAGAUUACCAAACACAGACCAACGACUUGCACAUAAUACAGAGACUAAACAUGCCUCUUGAACAAGGCAUGAGCAUGCCUGGAUGCGGAGCAGAUUCCUGGAAGAGGACCCUAGAGCAGAGACGCCUCCUUCUCUGCUCCAGAGGACCCUCCCCACUUUCCCCUCCCGUUGGCAAGAUGCUCCAAACACAUGCUCCCUCCCGGCAGGGCCAAAGAGCCCGUUGCUCAAAGGCAGGACCGGCUCCUCACAGAUCCAGGCCCAGAGCAGCGUGUUCCAGGUGACUCGAGUGAGUGAGCCAGUCUGCAGAGGAAAGCUGGAAGCAACCAAAGUCGGGAGACAUUGUGAUGUGGGGAGAACUCCAGGCAGAGGAUUGGGAGCCUCUUGAGGUGAGGGCAGGGUGCAGACAAGAGCGAGCGUGGCCUCCUUGAAGCAGCAAAGUACAUCAGUGUCCAUUGCUUCCUGCUUCCAAACAUACCACUGUAAACAGGAAGGUCUGGAAAUGUUCAGGAUUUGCACCAACUUCCACGUGAGACUCCUAGCUCAUCUUCCUAUGUUCAUCAGGGCCUUAGAUUUGGGCACAUUAGAUGAGCUCAAUACCUCAAGGCCUGUGGCUUUGGCCCUCUGCGUUCGGCUCACAGCAUUUCCAGGGGUGCCGGUGGGAGGUGAGACCUCUGGGCGAAUGACGCCUGCCCCUUCUGCCUCAGGUGAAGGCGGAGAUGGAGACCCUGGUGCGGGAGAAGGGCAUCAACUCCUUCCAGAUGUUCAUGACCUACAAGGACUUGUACAUGCUGCGGGACAGCGAGCUCUACCAGGUCUUCCACGCCUGCAAGGACAUUGGCGCCAUCGCCCGCGUCCACGCCGAGAAUGGAGAGCUGGUGGCCGAGGUGAGCUGCUCGGGGGGGCAGGGGGACGCGGCUGGGCUGCAGCCGGGGGGCAGUGGAAGGGGAUGAUCCCAUCAGCCGAUCCAUAGGCUGUCCUGCCCUGGGAGAGGGGAGGAAGAGGCAGGGACCAGCAAGGGGGCAGGAAGAAGGUGACCCCUGUCCCCGCCUACCCCAGACUGACCCCCUCUUUUGCCUUUCCCUGCAGGGGGCCAGGGAAGCCCUGGAGCUGGGCAUCACCGGCCCGGAAGGGAUCGAGAUCAGCCGGCCGGAGGAGGUAAGGGUGCCCACCAAGGAAGGAAGUGUUGCGUUCCCAAAGCAAAGAAGGAUUGGACUCUGAUUAAUACAGUACACACGAGGCUUGACCAGCAAGACUCUGGGGGGAAGUGUCAAUAAUAAUCCGUCCACCCCUCGGCCCAGGUCGUUUUAUUCACAAGAGAACGUUUUACACAGUGUUCGUAAGAACCAAUCAGAUUUCCUCUGAGCAUUUCAGAAAAACCCACGUCGGGACAAAGUUAAAGUUAAAAUUACAAAGAGCUAAUUUGAGCAUGCAUACGUAGUUCAGAGUAAAUAAAAGAGGAAGCAAGGAGAAAUGCUUUUAGGAAACCCCGGAGGUCAUAAACAGGAGAGGGAGGAAGGAAGGAUGGCAGUAUCCUUGUGAACUCUCUUCCUGGCCCUUAAGAUCUACCUAAAGAUUCACAAACUACAUCCAAGCUACCUUCUAUCUUUAUGUACUGAGGAUGCCUGAUGAAGCAACUGGCCUGUGUUUCAGAAUGCUUAUACGUGCUUGUCAGGCAUAGAGAAAGCAAAUGACAGAGGUGGAGAGGCUUGUGGGAUUUGAUCAGAAAUUAUUGUCAAUGAAUCAAACCCAGUGAAUGCAAUGCUUUCAUUGCUGACACAAUGGCUUGUUCCAUAUUUCAUAAUUCCUCAUAGUAAUCCCACCCGACCCCCACAAGGAAGGAGGCACACCCAUGAAUGAACACACCUGCCCUGCUGGGAAUUUCACUCCCCCCAAGACCCAAGAGAGAAGGGGGCAGUUUCAGAACUUGCAGGGUCUCCUUGCCAAGGCUGCCAAUUGCCUGGUGACUGUUUUCAGAGGGCAGUUCUUCCACCAGCCAGGAAGAACGACCAGGAGGAAGGCGGUGGAGGAGGGACUUGGCUGCCCAUGCAAGGUUGGGGGCAGCUGGCUGAGCUUGUGGGUGCUGCUCAUAAGUGGGGGGAUUAUCAUGGCUGUUAGUGGUGGGUGGGGGGACAUCUGUGCCCCACUGAGCUCCAGGACCCACCAGCUGCAGCCAAAAAGAAGUGAGGUCCCCCACCCAUGCCUACUGGCUUCACUGGGGCAGGCGCUUGCCCAGUUUGUGCCCCACCCCAUGAGUUGGUCACUGCUGGGAUGAGGGGGAAGUGUUGGGGUUCGGUUGGCACCUGCAGGCACUGUCUCGGGGUCCAAUUGGCUGGGCCGCUGCCUGCCUCAUCUCUCUCUCUCUCUCUCUCUCUCUCUCUCUCCAUUGCAGUUGGAAGCUGAAGCUACGCAUCGGGUCAUCACCAUCGCUAACCGGGUGAGCAGCCUUAACCGCCCCUCUUUCUGCUGCAGAGGACUGAGGCUGUGUCUUCUUGCCCGACUGGGUGGGGGCCCCUUUGCCAUCCCAGGUGGAUGGAUGCCUUGGACUCCGUCCCCAGGUCUCUCUCAUUGCCCCAAGCCCCCUGACGCCUUUCCUCUUCUUUUUGUCCUCCUCCCUCGGCAGACUCACUGCCCCGUCUACCUGGUCAACGUUUCCAGCAUGUCAGCCGGGGACGUAAUUGCCACCGCCAAGAUGCAAGGUGAGUGGCGUUCCCUGGAUCUGGAGCAGGAGGUGCCCACAGGGCAACUGCAAGGAGAGAUGGCAAGCUGCCCUUGGCAUGUCCCGGCCCCUGGACCCAUCCUGCCCCUCCUUGCUAGCCGUUGCAAGGAGUGGGUCUUUUCUCCCCAAUCGGCUGGGGUGCCUGUUUUGGGGUGCCCUUUGGGUCCCUCCCAACUCUGCAGUUAACCUUCCUGGACCCUGAGAUCGCCCUCUGAAACCCUUCUCUGUGUGCCUCCUCUAUGAUCUCUCCGGAGGGUGGCAACACAAGAACGGGCCUUCUCUGUGGUGGCUCCCCAUUUGUGGAAUGCUCUCCCCAGGGAGGCUCGCCUGGUGCCUUCCUUACAGAUCUUUAGGUGCCAGGUGAAAACAUUCCUUUUUAACCAGGCCUUGGGCUGAUUAAUAUUCUACAUCCUUCUCACUGUGUCUGUGGGAAGGUUGGGGUUAUUGUUUUGCUGUUUUGUUUUGUUUCUCAUGUUUUUUUCCUGCAUUUUAUUAUUCUGUGAACCGCCCUGAAACCUUAUGAUGAAGGGCGGUAUAUAAAUCCAAUAAAUAAAAAUAAAAAAACCAAACACAACUCUGUGAGCAAAGUGUCUCCGGCACCCCCCUCGAUUGCACAGCUGAAUGAUGCGCCCCGCAAGUCCUGCCUCUGGUUGCUGUGGGGCUCUCGAGGAAACCACCCUCCUCCCCGCCCCACGGCCAGGCCUGAGGUCCCUCCCCUUGCUUCCCCGCAGGGAAGGUGGUGUACGCAGAGACCACCACGGCCCACACGGCGCUGACGGGCUUGCACUACUACCACCAGGACUGGUCCCACGCGGCGGCUUACGUCACCGUCCCGCCCUUGCGGCUGGACACCAACACCUCCACCUACCUCAUGAGCCUGCUUGCCAAGUAAGGGGGCCCGGGCUGGGGGGUGAUCCAGCCCUAGAGGAUGAAGGGAGAGGAGGAGGAAGAGGAAGGGGGUCCUGGAACGGAGGGAGGGGUGGCUUUGCGUGGAGAGGCCAAGAAGGCCCCUCCCUGUCAGCUGGCGAGGGGGUUGCUAAGACCAGCUCUCCCCGCAGUGACACCCUGAACGUGGUGGCCUCCGACCACCGGCCCUUCACCACCAAGCAGAAGGCCAUGGGCAAGGAGGACUUCACCAAGAUCCCCCACGGAGUCAGCGGAGUGCAGGACCGCAUGGCCGUCAUCUGGGAACGGGGAGUGGUAGGUGGAGGCACCCCAUGGGAAGCGGGUAGAUGCCCCCCUGUGGCCCCCAUCCCGCCACGGGGAGGGGAGGGAGCCUGGGGCGUGAGAGGCUGCCAAGCAAGGAAUUGACUCUUCAUUGUCGAAGGGACGCUUGCAAGUGGGGGAAAGGCAUGUCCUUCAGCCCCACAUCUCUCAGCUUCUCCCAGGCGGUUGCCACAACAGAGACCUCCGCUUAUGUCUCUUCCCCACCUGAGCUGCCUGCACGCAGGAGAAGACUGCGCCUGCGUGUGACCCGCCUCUGCUUCUCUCUCUUCCAUCCUCUCCUGGUCCUGUCUCCUGGGGGCAGGAGACGGCAGUGUGGAAGCCCUUGACUCUCCCCCCGCCUGAGCCGUCUCCCUCUUCUCCUGCUGUUCUUCACUCUCCACUUGUGACCCCCGAUCACCAAUCCCUUUUCCCAAGUCAGUCUCCAAUGCCCCUUCUCUCCAGAAUGCAGCCAUCACUCCCUGUGGCUCCACCAAGUCCCUGACUUGCCAGUGUGCCAGUCUGGUGUUAAGAGCGGUGGGCUCGUAAUCUGGUGAACCAGGUUCGCUUCCCAGCUCCUCCACAUGCAGCUGCUUUGGGCCAGUCACACGUCUCUGAAGUCUCUCAGCCCCACUCACCUCACAGAGUGUUUGUUGGGGGGGAGGAAGGGAAAGGAGAAUGUUAGCUGCUUUGAGACUCCUUAGGGGGAGUGAUAAAGCGGGAUAUCAAAUCCAAACUCUUCUUCUUCCCUUCGCUCGGUGCAGAGGGACAAAGGCUAGCAGGAGAGGCUUGGAGGAAGCCCUCUUGGGGUUCCUCUGGCUGCCUGCAUGAGAAAGAAAGGGGCUCAGGGCAGGGCGCCCCCCACCCAGCCUUGCAGCAACACACUGCACUGAGCCCGUGGCAGAGCUCCCCUUGCCUGCUUCCCUGCCACCAGCACAGCCUGUCCUCCAGCAGCCAGGGGGCAUGCAAACUAACAUGGGGGGGGGGGAAUGCUCCAGGAUCCAUCCCAGCACACACCCCCACCCCCCCAGAGAUCUGCAUGAGGGGGAGAGAAUCCCAUGGCAGGCCUGGGGGGGCGGGCUUGGUGAUGCCAUUUCAAAGGCAGCAAUCCUAGCCAGGGAGUGGUCCUCUGGUGGUGGGGGCUCUCCCAGAGCGUUUCCCAUCAGCUGCCCCCUGCCCCCCCCGGCUCCUGCCAGGUCCUCUGACCUCUCUCUCCCCUCAGGUGGGGGGCAAGAUGGACGAGAACCGCUUUGUCGCCAUCACCAGCUCCAACGCUGCCAAGAUCUACAACAUGUACCCCCGCAAAGGCCGUAUCAUCCCCGGGGCUGAUGCAGACGUGGUCGUGUGGGACCCAGAGGCCACCAAGUAGGUUGGGGGGGGACAAAGGGGUGACGGGGAGUGGGGAGGGGGCUGGGUGUCAGCAGGGAGUGGCGGCCUGGGGCUUAUGGGCAGUGAGAAGAGGAGAGUUGACCGGGGGGGGGCUUGCUUUGGCCUGAUGCUGCUUCAGAAGCCAGGCUCCCCUCCCCUCCUGCUGGCUGCCUCCCCAGGGAAGCGGGGGGGGGGGGAGAGAGAGAAGGAUGCUCACAGAGAUAAGAGGUUCUCCCCAGCAUCAUGCCUGUGUGUCCAGCACUUUCUGCAUUAGUUGAUUUGAUGGACUGAUACAUUAUUUCCUACAAUUUAUAUGCUUCCUGAUGGUUUGAAAAAACACACAAAUAAACCUCCAAUCUACAAAAGAGAUAAAAGAAUAACAUGGUCAAUUACAGAUAUUAGCAGCAAUCAGGAGGACAAAAUAACAGUAGACUAAAAACAGAACAAAACCUCCAUCAGCUUUCUUCUGGGUCGCCUUGUCCAAACAAGAAUGUAUGUAUUAGAUUUCCAGUGGCUCUUGUUGUGGGGGGUGUCUUUAAAUUGUUGAGUGCUUCAAGGCGUUUUUGUGGGAAGCCAUUCGUAAGUCAAUUCAAUAGGUAAUGAGGAAAGACUUCGUCCUCACCCUGCCCUCUCCCCAACCAGGCUAGGAAGUUGCCUUGUUCCAUGUCAGACCCUCACUCCAUCUAGCGCAAUGUUGUCUGCACUGACCGGCAACAGAAACAGCAGCUCUCCAGGGUUUCAGGCAGGAGCCUUUUUCCCGGCGCUGCUUGGAGAUGCUGCCACUGGGCACUGAGCCUGUGGCCUUCUGCAUGCCAGGCGUGUGCUCUACCCUUCCAGCAACCUGUGUUGGCUGGAGCUCAAGGGAGGGGCAGUCGAAAACAGCUGGAGGGCGUCAGGUUGGGGAAGGCUGCCUUCUCAAACUCCCAUCACUGUUCAGAAAUGAGCUGGAACUCCCAGUGAAGAAGCCUCUUCCGGUUGAAACCCCUGAAGGCGUCUCUGCUUCUCAGGAAAAGGCACCCAGUUUCAGUGCUGAAAGAAAGGCUCCAAUUUCACCAGACCCCUGGGCUCUCCCUUAAGUCACUUUAGUGCAUUGGCAGAGAAGGACCCACUUGCUUCUGGGGCCUACGUGUCUCUUCUUCCUCCUUCUCAGUAGUGCAGGGGCAAAUUACUGUCCUCCUUGCCCAACGGAUGCUUGCAACACAUUUCCCUCUGCUCUGAUCCUGCUGCUUUCACAGCACACAGUAGAUGGCGCAAACGCACCACUGCAGGGGAAGGGGACACCCUGAGCUGCAGCUAAAUCUUGCAGCGUGGAGUCCUCCUGGUCAGGGUGCCAGGGAGCCAGCCACACUGUCUCUCGGGAUGCCCCAUUCCAUUCCCUUUGCCGCCUGUUGAUCCAUCCCUCUUGUUGGGGCUCCUCCAUCGCUGCUCACGGGAUCAGCACAUGUAUGGCGCUGGGGGCCCUUCCUAGUUCCUCCUCUUUGAACUGACUGCCCACCCCCAGAUGGUGGGGACAUAAUGCAUUUCGGAGAUGAAAAGCUAGGAGGGAAACUUGCAAAGUGAACUGGGCAAAGGGCACAUUUCAAAGACAUGCCUGGGAGGAAGUUCCUGCUCUUUGCUGGGAGGCCUCAUCCUGCCUCACUUUGAUAUUGUGUGUUAUUAUUUCCAUAUCCCUCCUUUCUCAAAUUACAACAGAGAAGUUUAAAUAAGAAAAACCUAUAAAUGUACACAAUUCAAUGUUGAACAUGCUCCCAGAAGUCUUUGCUCUGGUGGGGCUUCUAAAGGAGCAGGGAGGGGGCUGGGAGCAGCUGCCGGCCCAAGCCCUGCCUCACCUCCCUGCUCCCUGCUCCCCCAGGACCAUCUCGGCCAGCACCCAGGUCCAGGGCGGGGACGUGAACCUCUUUGAGAACAUGCGCUGCCACGGGGUGCCCCUGGUCACCAUCAGCCGCGGGCGCGUGGUCUACGAGAAUGGCGUCUUCAUGUGCGCCGAGGGCACCGGCAAGUUCUGCCCCCUCCGCUCCUUCCCAGACUCCGUCUACAAGAAGCUGGUGCAGCGGGAAAAGGUAACCGGGCAGAGGGGGUGGGAGGGAGCGCAGUGCAUUGCACGCAGAGACCCCCAUCGCAUGGCAGCCUUGAAGACCACCAUGGAUUGGGGGGGGGAGGCUCUGCAGAGAGGAAGAAGAGGAGGAGGGGCAUGUCCAGAGGCUUUUGCUUGUGGCAAACAACAGACGGUGGGCAGGGGGAAAGGCUGGAGCCCCCCAGUUCCUCCUUUUUGGGCAGGAGUGUGGCUGCGGGAAGCCCAAGGGGUGGGGGUUUGCGGGAGGAGGAUAGUGGGGCAGGGGGAGGCACAGAGGGUGAGAGCAGGACUGGGCAUCCCAGGUGUACUUGUGAUUUGGGCGUCCAAGUGCAGAAAUCAGCACCCAGGUGUUUGGGGUUUGGUCUUUUGCAAAGAGGGAGGAAAUGUCUGACCUUUUUCCUGCAAGGAGAAGAGUUGGGGCUCGGCCCGGCCUGGCAUGGCUAGCGAGACUUGGCUGGAAGGGCCAGGGGGGCAGGACUGAGAUGGCUGACACUUGAGCAGAGGGGCAACUUAGGGAUAAAGAGGAAGAGGCUUAACUGGGAGGGGAGAUGCUGGUCCCAGGAGAGGCUGGCAGGAGAGCAGAGGAGCGACCGAGAGACCCAAAGGAGGGGGUUAGGGAGGUCACCAAGGAGGCCCCCCCGGCACCCCAGCCCUCCCCCCCCCCGAAUCCUGGAACGGUAGAAUUGACGCAAGGACCCUGAAAGCCUUUUAGUCCUUCCUGGGAUGGGGGGCAGACAAGCUCUGCACCCGGAGAUGAAGGCAGGCAGGGGGAGCUGAGGGAAUCUUCCCAAGGGGUGGGGGCUGAAGAGGGGGUGAGCCAAGCAACCGGCCCCUGCCUCUUCGCCCCACUUCGCCUUGUGGUCCUUGCUGUAAAGAGAGGGGAGGCUGGGGAGGCCCCCCCAGGCCCUCCUCCAGCAUGCCUCAUUGUUUGACCAGUGGUAGUCUGGGGCGAGGAGAGUGGAGUGGGGGGUGGGUAGCAGAGAGUGGCACCCGGAGGGGGUCCCUGGCAGCAGACUGGAGGCUGGCAGACGUGGCACCGAGGGCCCAGUACCUGCUGGUCGAGGGGGGCACAGGGGGAAAUGUGAGGAGCCCCCGUUCCCAGCCCCCAGAGGCAGCUGCUCCCUCCCAGCCCAAGCCCCUGCCCCGGCCUGCAUUUCACCCGCCCUCCCCCCCCCGAGCCCCCCAAGAGGCAGGCUCCCCCUUUCCCCACCCUGGGGGCGUCGGGGUCUCCAGAGGCCGCCUCUUCCGCUGACCUGUGUGUGCCUUUUGUUGUCUUGCUCCGCGCAGAGUUUAAAGCUUAAGGGCGUGGACCGCACCCCCUACCUGGGGGACGUGGCCGUGGUUGCCCACCCUGGGAAAAAAGAGACGGGGACGCCCCUGGCAGACACGCCCACCCGGCCGGCCACGAGACACGGGGGCAUGCGCGAUCUCCACGAGUCCGGCUUCAGCCUUUCCGGUAAGAGCGGGGCUGGAGCGCGGGGCCUUCUGUGGGGGAGGGCGCGCAGAGGCGGGAGAGCCCCCCACGCCAUGCUCUUUGCACCCCCCCAGGCUGCGGCAUCUCCCCUGCCCCGCUUGCCCGCCUCCUACCUUGCCCAGCAGAGCCAGCUGCCCCACGAGGGCUGGGACCUGGCUUCCCCCCUCCCCUGUCCCACCACCCACCAGCGCCCCCCACCCCCAAUUCCUGCAGGGCCUGCCCCCCGCCCUGAUCCUGCAUUGGCUGGGAAUGAGGAGAAGGGAGAGCGAGAGGAGGAAGCCGCCAGAGUGGGGCGCAGGCAGGAGUCAGGCCAAGCCGCUCUCUUGGGGAGGUGGGCAUAGCAUCCUGGAAGGGGCACCCAAGGGUCAUCCAGCCCAGCCCCUCGCAUUGCAGGAAUCACAGCGGAAGAAUCCGUAACAGGUAGCCAGCCAAGGAAGGAGAGGCCCCCCCUUUUGGAGGGAGUGGGUUCCCCAGCGCUGGGUAUUUUGCCUGGGUCAGGAUAGCCCCCCGUCCAGCCCCUUCUCCCCCCCCCCCUUGAGGCACACCUGCAGGGCUACACAGAAGGGGUGUCGCUCCUUGCAGAGGAGUCUCCUGCCAGCCGCGGCCGAGAGGGAGCAGUGGGGCAGGCAAGGAGGCCUGUGGGGCUUAGGGGUCAGAGGGCAGGGCUCUGCCUCUUGCCUGAAAGGUCAGCUGGAGAAGGGGCAGGGGGUCCCUUUCCCUCCUUCUCUGCCACAGUCCUUUUCCACAUUUAUUUAUUUUUCAAGUUUAUACAUGUCACUGAUUUUAUACAUUUCACUGAUUUUACAAUCAUUUUGACAUUUCAAAACUUGACUUCUUUCCCCCUCUUUCUGCGGUUCCUCACAUUUGUUUUUAAUACCUUCUGCAUAUCCAAAUUAACUUAAUUUGCUCAUUUAUUCAUCUACUUUACCUAUAUACCCUUAUAAAACUGCAGGUUGUUGCAAUAAUCCUGCCGGUGUUUUUAUCUGUUUAUAAUUUAUCUUUAAAUAUUGAAUAAACCAUUUCCAUUCUUUUAUAAAAAAUUAUUAUCUUGAUUUCUUAUUCUUCUGGUAAGUUUUGCCUUUACGCAUAUUCCAUACGUUUUUGUAUCAAUUCUUCCUUUGCUGGGACUUCUGCUUUUUUCCAUUUUGGGGCAAGUAACAUUCUUGCUGCUGUAGUAGCAUACAUUAAUAAAAUUCUAUACAAUUUAGGUAGUUCUGUCUCUAUAAUUCCCGAAAGAAAAGCUUUUGUUUUUUAAAUAUCCUUUUCAUUUCAUUAUAUUCAUUAUAUAUAUUUCCCAGUAAGCUUUAACCUUACAACCAGACCACCACAUAUGAUAAAAAGAACCUUCUUUCUCUUUACAUUCCCAACACUUAUUUGAUUUAGAUUUAUACAUUUUUGCCUAUUCACUCGGUGUUAAAUACCAUUGAUAUAUCACUUUCAUAUAAUUUUCUCUUAGACAAUAACAUGCUGUAUUUUACAUCCAUAUUCCACAAUUGUCCCCAUGCUUCCAUGUCUAUAUUAUGACCAGUUUCUAUUGCCCAGUAUAUCAUUGAGGAUUUUACUUGAUCAUCCUUUGUCUCCCAUUCCAAUAAUAUUUUAUACAUUUUAAACAGCACUUUUACAUUACAUUCCAACAGGUCUCUCCCCAGCUGUGAUAUUUGUUCCCCAAACCCUCGUAUCCUAUCUUUCUUAAAUACUUCAUGCAAAUAAUGAUAUUGUAUCCAUGUUAUUAUUUUCCUGAUAAUUCCUUAAAUUCUUUUAGUUUGUACUUAAUAAAUUUCUAUAAGCUGUCUAUCUUUCCAUCAUAUUCUUUUUCUUUACCACUAUGGCUUCCAACGGUGAGAGUCAAAGUGGUAUUUUUACCUCUAAUAAAUUCUUAUAUCUAUGCCAUACUCUAUAAUUUCCCCCCUAAUUAUAUGAUUUGUAAAUCCUUUAUGAACUUUCACCUUUUCAUACCAUAAAUAAGCUAAAUAUUAUCAUGACCUUCUAGAUCUAGAAUAUGUGAAUUCUUUAAUGUCAUCCAUUCCUUCAGCCAACAGAGACAAGAUGCCUCAUAGUAUAAUCUCAUAUCUGGCAGGGAAAAACAUCCUCUUUCUUUUGCAUUCUCUGCCACAGUCCUGAGAAGAAAACACCACUCCAAAGUUGCUAUUUGCAUUUCAAGGGAGUUGAAAUGCAAAUAGCAGCUUCCAAAAACGAGGUUUUUCUUGGUACCAGAGCAGGACGUGAGAGAGAGUUAAACUUCUCUCCCCCUCUCCAAUCCCAUUAUUUGCAUCUGGUUUGGACCUUAGAGUGCCUGGGGGCUCUGAGCUCUGGGGUCCGCAGACCGUGUGAGGUGGUUCAGGUGGCAUCUCUUCUGCUGGAGGUUGCAUGGUCAGUCAUUUUAGGGGGGGCUUUCAUGGGGUGAUGAGUAGGCGAGAGGGCAGGCUGCACCAGUGAUGUGAUUUUUUUCCUUUUUGGCGGGGGGAGAGAUACUCUUUGUACUGACCUCUGCGAAGAGGGCUCUGUUGCGCGCAGAAGCCGUAGUUGGCAAUGGGGAAUCUGCUUCCUAGAGCAAAGUGGGGGGAGGCUGCCAGCCUGACUCUUUCAGCCUGUUUGUCCCUUCAAAUUGCGGGGGGGGGGGGGAUGCCUCUUACUCAAGGCUGGCAGAGCAAGAUGUGCCAUGUCUGGCACUCAAACUUAAUGCCAGGUGUCAAAAGUGAGAGGCUUCAGCCUGGCCUCCAAAGUCCUGCUUGGGAAUUCUGGGAGGUGCUUUUGCCGCUGGAUUCGACCUGGCAGAUCCCUUUCGGCCAGAACCUCAGUGUCCCCCCCCCCCAAAAAAAGGGUGGAAGCAACUCCUCCUCAAGCUCAACCCCUGGCAGGCUCUGCAAAUCGGGAUUAUAGCCACUAAGGGGGUCUCUUCCUCUUCCUUGAAUUGCUCAGCAGUGGGGGGGGGCAGGGAAGGGGGAUUGCAAGCCCUGAUGUAAUAAUAAUAAUAAUAAUAAUAAUAAUAAUAAUAAUAAUAAUUUAUACACAACCCAUCUGGCUGGGCUUCCCCAGCCACUCUGGCUGGCUUCCAACAAAAUAUUAAAAUAUUGUAAUACAUCAAACAUGAAAAACUUCCCUAAACAGGGCUGCCUUCAGAUGCCUUCUAAAAGUCAGAUAGUUAAUUAUUUCCUUGACAUCUGAUGGGAAGAGGUCCUACCACCAAGAAGGCCCUCUGCCUGGUUCCCUGUAACUGGGCUUCUCGCAGGGAGGGAACCGCCAGAAGGUCCUCUGCGCUGGACCUCAGUGUCUGGGCAGAACGAUGGGGGUGGAGAUGCUCCUUCAGAUAUACUGUAUUAGGUGGAUCCCCCCCUGUCCUGCUUCUGUCUCCCCUCCAGGGGCGCCGACUUGCCCCCCACAUGGAGGGGACCUGGCAUCACAUGACCCGCCCCGCCCCUGCCUGGUGUGCAAGUGCUUGCCUGGCGGCAGAAGGGGAUAAUCACCCCUCAAUAUUGGGGGUGCUCAGCCCCUCCCCACAAAUACUGAGGGGCCGAAGCCCCUUCCACUCUCUAUAGCCUCUGCUCCCUUCUCGCCCUUUGCUUGCCCCAAAUUGCAGCAGCAGGAAAUAGUUUUUUGGCAUCGGGGAGGGGGGUUGCGCCUGAAUUUGGGGGAGAGCUGGUGGGGCUGUUUACGGGGGUCCUCGCCACAGCUUUUCUCCUCCCCGGCUGGUCCUUGUGGCCUGGUUGGGACAGGAUGUGCCCCCCCCCCGGUGCCAGUGUGCUUCUGACCGCCCCGUCCUUCUCUGUCUCCAGGUUCUCAGAUCGAUGACCAUGUUCCAAAGCGAGCUUCGGCCCGGAUUCUCGCUCCCCCCGGAGGCAGGUCUAGCGGCAUUUGGUAGCUGCUCCCCCGACUUGUCCCCCAACUAAGGACGCCGUCGCCGCCCCCCCCCACUCGCCCGGCUGCCCCCCCACGCCCCACGGGCUCCAGGCAGACACACCUUUUACCGGAGCUGCUGCCGCCGAAGACCAGCACUUCACACCUGAUGACCCCCACCAAGACCCCUCCCCGGAAUGAGGCUGCCGGGGGGGUCCCGGGCCAGAGGCACCCCCCCUCACUCCACGGCUGCAUGGAAACGCAGGCUGAUGCACGGGGGGGGGCGAUGCUGGGCUGCUUCUGUCUCUUUCUUCCAGGUAGAGGGGGGCAGCUCCCCCAAGUGCCACGGGCGGUGGGGGCCGACUUAGGGAGGGGGCAGGGCCAAGGGGGGGCCACCUGGGCCCCCAGUUCCUUUCUGUUUUGCACGUUGGGUUUUUUGGAUAAGUGACAUUUUGACUUGUUUGUGCAUCACGUGGAAAAAAAAUGAAUAAUCCUGAAUUAAAAGGUGCUUUGUGUGACUAGCAGUAGGAUAGAAAGGGGGAGGCAGGUGGAGGGGGCUGGAAAGGUCUCUAGGGUGGAGCCCCCCCCCCCUUUUCCAAGCAGCGUUUGCUGUGCAGAGAGGUUCGUCCCAACAUUGCUUAGCAGUAGUGGGGCCCCCAUUUUUGCUCUCUUCCCCGGGGAGGGGUGAUGAUGCCAUGAGGUGGAUUGAGGGGGGGUCCUCUGCUGCCUGCCCCCCUUUUCCCUGGCCGUCUCUGUAGGCCCCACUCAGUGCCUUCUCUUGCGAGGGGGGAGGGCUAAAGUGGGAGAACUCCCACCCACCCCAUCCUUCCGCCAGCCCACCAGGCAGGAGUUGCCAGGGAGGGCCCCGAGCCAAGGGCGCAAGAGGAGGGCCAGGACCCCUGGGCUCCCCCUGGAGAGUGCAGUGCAGUGGUUAGAGCAAGGGGACCUCUCUCCCCACAUUCCAGCAUAGGAUACGGAGCUUUCGUAUCUGCACCUUUUGGUAGGCAGGAAUCCCUUUCUGAUCCUUGGGUAGGGAGAAUGGGCCGUGGGGUGAAGGGACCAGAGAGCCGGGAGGAGGAGGCUGGCUGCUCCCCAAAGCCUUGGGGCCUCUCCUUGCCACUCCGCAGAGGAAGAGGGGCUCGGUGCACUGUCCUCUGCGACCCACUGUGAAGAGCUUGUGGGGGGAAAGCCAGUUGGGGUCUCAGCCCAUGGUGGUUGGCACCUGUUAGACCUGAGAGGCACCCGUUGAGGUAUGGGAUGUCUUGAGAGUUGCCAGCAUACUCACCCCAACAUUCCUCUUUUAACACAAUGGUGCUAACCCCCCACCCCCCUGGCUGACUGUUGGGGCCACAGAGCCCCCCUCCACCCCCCCUCUGCCCACCCACCCACCCACCUGGUCUCCCUCUGGAGUAGUGUGAAGUGUGAACCGUUACUUGUGCACCUUCUCUCCCCCCCCACUAGUUGGUCCCCGUAGGUGUGCGAGGCUGGUGGGGGGCACGACAGAGGACCCCUGUGCCCCAGGACCACAGAGGAGGAGGAGGAGGAGUCCCGGCCCCCCGAGUGCGACUGGCCCCCCGCCCGCCCCUCCGUUGGGAUAGUCUUGUAAUGGCUGUGAUAGCACCUGCUGCCCUGUGCGU